AUGGUAGCAAACCCUGCCCCUCCAUGCCACCCUCCUUCAUCCCAUCUGCCUGCCUUCCCUGACCUCUUUUCCCCCUCUGGUGAGGGGACGUCAGCAAAUAAAGAUGAGGGGGUACUGGUCUGUGGUUAGUGUAACCCUUAAAUUACUCACAUGCUCAUUAAACAUUAUUUGUGGUCCUUGAUUUACACACGUGAUUUCUCUUCUUCUGGAUGCCAUCCAGCCCAGCAAGCAAUGAGACUGACUCCAUGCCAACAGAUCAAUACUUAAAGGACCACUAUAGGCACCCAGACCACUUCAGCUUAAUGAAGUGGUCUGGGUGCCAGGUCCAGCUAGGAUUAACCCUUUUUUCUAUAAACAUAGCAGUGUCAGAGAAACUGCUAUGUUUAUAAUAGGGUUAAUCCAGCCUCUAGUGGCUGUCUCAUUGACAGCCGCUAGAGGGCUUCCACGCUUCUCACUGAGAUUUUCACAGUGAGAAGACAUCAGCGUCUAUAGGAAAGCAUUGUGAAUGCUUUCCUAUGGACUGGCUGACUGCGCGCGCAGCUCCUGCCGUACAUGCGCAUUCAGCCGAGGAGGAGGAGAGGAGGAGGAGAGUCCCCCGCCCGGCGCUGGAGAAAGAGGUAAGUUUAACCCUUUACACCCCCUAGAGCCUGGCCGGAGGGGGACCCUGAGGGUGGGGGCACCCUCAGGGCACUAUAGUGCCAGGAAAACAAGUAUGUUUUCCUGGCACUAUAGUGGUCCUUUAAUGAUCAUGUAAGUGAUGUAAUAAUUAUGUAAUGGGCACUUUAUUGUUUAAUUUAGUAGAUUAGUGGUUGGUAGGUUGAUUUAUUAAUUAUCAGUUUGUUGGGUAUAAGUAUUUAAAUGUUCAUUGGCAUGUUAGGCUUGACAAAGCUCGUUGUGUCAGCCAAAAUUAUAUGAGAUAAAUAUUAUACAUGUAUUUUGCAGUACAUUGAUAGGCACAUUUUUAUGAAUUUGGUUCACAUUUCAAGUUAGAAGAAGUAACAAAUAAAGGGAAAAGAACACACACACACAUAUAGUUAUAUAUUACCUUUAUUGAUCUUCAUUUAGUGGCUGUCCAUUAACCAUCAAUUAUCUUUUUUUUUACCAUCAAUCAUCUUUUGGGUUGUUCAUUCCACAUAUGGCUUGUGGCUAUUUGGAGUGACAGAAUUUGGGCAACUUACCAAUCAUCCAAAAUGUUGAGAAAUUGUGAUAUGUUUUAAAUCAAAUCCACAAAUCUAAAAUGUGUAUUCUUUUCUGUUACUCUUUUACUUUCAGCCAGUUAAAGUAGGCUGUCAGAUUUAAAUCAGAAAAGAAUCACCCAUGUUGUUAAUCGAACCUGGUUCAGCAACACUGCUUCCCUGUUCUUAUCUAUAUAGAGGUUCAAGAGACUUCCUAGUGCUUUCCAUUGAUCGCUAGUGUGUUCCUGCCCUCAUUCUUGCAGAGAUCAGUAGCCAUCCACCACUAGAAGCAUUUGCCUAGACAUGAGUUAUACGUACAUGAAAGGUGUCAAUCACUGCUUAGCAUUAAUACUUUUUUUUAACCUAAAAUGAAUGGUAUGAAAAUAGUAGAUGGAUUAAAAAGAAAAGAGAAUAACAGGUAAUAUAGAGAAUAUAAAACUGAAAAAUAAAAAAUAAAGAAACAAAUAUAAAUUUGUUAUAUAUAUAUAUAUAUAUAUAUAAAUAUCAAAGGAAUGAUUUUAAUCGAGUGAUUGUUAUACUCGGUUACUUAAUGCAUAUUUGCUAUCCUGCUUAUUGUCUGCUGUUCAUAUUGAUACUUUUAAUUUGUUAAAAUAUUUACUGGGUAUGUUUUAUGUUUUUUUGUUUACUUACCUUUGUAUUAUUUUCAAACGACAGAUGCAAAAAAGGGGAGCAAAUCGCCUCGCAGGGUGUAAACCAUUUUUAUAAAAAUUAAAUUCUAAUAAAAUCACUAAACAUAAGUACACUACACAGCAAAUAUUAUUAUGUUAUUAUUUAUAUAGCGCCAACAAAUUCCGCAGCGCUUUACAAUGGGUGGACGAACAAACAUGUAGUUGUAACCAGACAAGUUGGACACACAGGAACAGAGGGGUUGAGGUUCCUUCUCAAUGAGCUUACAUGCUAGAGGGAGUGGGGUAAAGUGACACAAAAGGUAAGGAUUGUAUUAGACUAAUGACAGUUGCAAGAGAGGAAUCAGUCGGGAGCUAUUAACAGUUUAAAUGAUACGCUUUUAUGAAGAAGUGGGUUUUUGAUUAUUUUUUGAAGGAGUGGAGACUGGGUGAGCAUCUAACAAAGGAGGGAAGCGAGUUCCACAGGAACGGUGCAGCCCUCAAGUCUUGAAGGCGAGCAUCAGAGGUGGUAGUACGGACAGAAGAUACACGUAAUAAAAAAUAAAUAAAAAAAUAGCUAAAAAAAACAAAGCAAAACUGGAAAGUAGGGGAUGGGGGGAGAAAGAAGAACAUAUCUAAGACACCAUGCCUAUUAGAUAUAUAUCAAUUAUACAGUUUCACAUUAACUGUGUUUGUUUGUGGCAUUGUUCCAAAAAAAAAAUGUCAUGUAAGUUUUAUGAGUGACAAUGGUUAUCUCAAGAAGGUAAAAAAGUGAUAGAACUUUUACAAUAUAGAUUAUAGGUGUGAUAUAAUUUGUCGCAUAUUCAAAAAGAAUUUGUAUUGAAUUUCAAAUUUAGGGGCAAAGUAGAUGAACUGGACAAAUUAUCCAAGUCUAUUAGGUUUCCUGUCUACGUUAGCUUUUUGGCAGCAUACAAAAAUUUAGCCUGUGGAUGGUUUCAGUGUAAAUAUUGACAUAAAUCAAAUACUGCAUGGUGCUAUUCUAUUUAUAUUAGUGCUGCUGGGAACUUCAAUGGAAGUUGUAUGAAAACCAAAUUGUUGGUGCAAGCAUUAACCUCCUUCAUGUUUCCAUGAAAGUACUGUGUAUGUUUAUGGUGAUUUGAGAGCUUAAUUGAUGUUUAAUAGCAAUAUUUUAUGAGGUUAUAAUAUAUAUUUUGUACUAUUAUCAUACCCCAAAGUUCUGUUUGUACUUUACUAGAAGAUGUAAACGAAUAAGAAACUGUGGUUUAACAUCAUGAUCUGCAAGCUUGUUGAAAUAGAGUGAGCUAUAAUAGCAAUGCUAUGUCAUUUUCAGUAGAAAUGGUACGUGAGCUUUAGUAUAAUCCUUAGACAUUGUGCUAUGUGAGCUUCAAUCAUUUUGAGGUAUGACUCUCAAGAAAAGACAAAAUUAACCUUUAUAAGUGGAAUGUUUUAAUACAAAUACUAUCUGAGUACCAAAUACUAUACAAGUUUCAUGUUUUCAAUGUGUUAUGCCUUUGGGCAGUGCUAAACAAAUAUAUAUAUAUUUUGCUAGAAUGAUAUUUAGCAUUAUUACUAGAUCACAGGUGUCUAUAACCUUAACUUGAGUCUUAAAUGUUGUAAAAAAGUUGUAAUUGUUUAUGGGUAUAAAUAAGCCAUGUUUAACCAUCAACAGUUCAUAAGUAGUUUUAGAAAAGUGCUUAACUGCAGUAAUUGAGAAGGACCGGCGUGGCCAAUAAAUCCCUAUUUUUGGAAGUAGUAGGAACUACUAGAAACUGCUUCAUUAAAAUGUCAGACUCUCUUAACAGCUUAUAGGAAAGCUAUUUAAUUGAGAGAAAUAUAAAUCAUAUUACAAGCAGCAUGCUGUUCUGUGUAUGUAGACCAUAAAAAAUUAAUGAAAAGUUGUAAGUCAAACAUCAGUUAUUCUUUUUUACUUAUCCUUUAAUGUGCUAACUGAUUGGUUCUUAUUAAGCAUUCAUACUUUCCAUUUCAGUUUUAAUUAGAAACAUAUGUUUAACAGCAUGCCAUGUUUUUCCCUUAAAGAAGGAAAGAGUGACUCAAAAAGAUGGACACUGUAGCAUAGAGAGGGAUAGCAACACAAAGUGACAAGGCGUGAGUGGCACUAAGAAAGUGAUUGUAACGGCCUGUGGGUACUCCGGCUGAGUAAUUUGUUACUACUUGGCUUCCUAUGCUAUUUACGGAACAUCCGAUAUCACCUUGCUGAGUCUAAGUAUUAGGUACCAUUAAAAGAGUUAAGAUGUCGAUCGUAAAGUAAUCUGAGCAGCAUUUGGAGGUAAAAUAUAGUGAGUGAUUCUAGCAGUGAUUAUAGCCUUUACUACACACCAUGAGUCGAGACUACAUGUAGUUGAAAACAGAACUUACUUUAUGACAGCUGUGCAGAGCUAAUUAUAACCACAGAGGGUAAUUUGCAUACAAUAGGGUAAUUAACAGUACGCACAGUUCCUCUUCCCAUAAGUCCUUGUGUUUCUUGCUAUAAACAACUCUCAGCCGCACCAAACAAACACAUACUCAGCUCCAUUUUGUCCAUAUAAAUCUAACAACCUGUAACAAUAAAUGCCCCUUGUAAAAUUACGAGCCAAGCAGAAGCCCCCACCCUGCAACCCUGGGUCCAUGACAAGAAUUAGGUAGAAUGGGCAGAAAGAGAGACAAAAGACAAUGAGAGAGACAGCAGUGGUAACUGAUGAUGCGAGAGUUGAGAAAGAGAGAGAGACACAGAUAUUUGUAUUAGCACAAAGUGCUAUUUAGGCUCAUGACAUGUGCAUAGUUGUCUCUUGGCAUAUGCCAUAAAUUAUACCUGAACUUACCCCUUUCCCAGAAAGACACGGACACUAAAUUAAAGUGGGUUAAUGUCAUGGCUUUAGUAAAUUAUAAAUAUAUUUAACACAAUGAGUCAUUGUCAGAGCUAUCUCUUUACCUAUCCAAUUAAACACAUCCAAACCUACAAAAGCAUUAUACCCAUUGACAAUGACCCAUGACAUAACUUCAAAUGGCAGUAUCAUAAUGACAUAAUACAACACACACAAGCACAACAGGCAACAAUAAUAUAACAGAUUUAACAUUGUAGGGGCAAGUUGAAAGCCACCAACGGGCUACAGCCUACCAAAUAUCAAAUCCAAGCAAGUGAAUAUUGGUACCGAACUUCCAAGAUCCCAGUUACCAACCCUACCUACCCCCAAUAUUUCUUCAUCUCCCGCUAAGACUGGCAGAGAACAGAAAUGACAAACCCACACAAAACCCAUAAAAGAGGAGAGGGAGGGUGGUACAACAAAAAGUAAGUCAGGAUUAGUUAAAAUGGCCCCUACACAAAAAUGUCCAGUAUUAAUAUUCCUGUGCACCCUACCCCCUACCUAUUCCAAUCCAAUCAAAUACUAUUCCCCUGUAUGCCCGCCGCCUAGCAUGUUUAUGAUCCACAUAAUAUGUGCUGUAUAUUUAACCCAGGUUCUGUUAAAAACUGCUGCAUACCUACUUCCAAAAUACUUAUAAUAUUGCUGCUGUUGCUACAUCUCCAACAGCAGCUAAUAUUAUACGUUAAUUUUAUUGAUUUAAAGGAACACUCCACAGACUGCUGUAAUGAUCAUGGUACCAUCACAGUGUAAUUUGUUAAAAAAUUUUAGAAUUGCUUGACAACUUACCUGAGUUCCACUGGGCACCAGUGCAGCAUCCAGUCUUCUAUUUCAUAAUAAGCCAAAUAACUCUAAAAUGGAAAGCAUGGUCAAUACAGGACCACACUCAAUGGGUGAAAGCACUUAACUGAUGCUCCCAGUGAAUGAGCGUGGCAUUGCUUUGCUUUGCUUACAUCUGUAGAGUUAAUGUAGAAGAAUCCUGGAAGCAGGGGCUGCAGGUAAAACCAUAAUAACUUGUCAAACCACUAAAAUUAUUGACAAAUUACAUUGAGGUGGCAAAGGGCAUUCUUGGCACCAUAACCACUACAUUGGGAUGUUGAGCUUAUGGUGCUUGGAGAGUUCUUUAGCAUUUCUCUAAUGUCACUAGUCAUUUGUGAAACUUGAGUCAUGUUGAUAUUUUGGCUCACAACAGAGGCAUUAUUUGUUUGUGUUUUAAACACCUUAAAAUACAUUGAGAGAUACCUUAGAUGCAUAUGUUGUGACAUAUUGGCCACUUAUCAGUUCUUUUUCCAAUUUUGUCCAAAGUAAAAGUUACUAUAAUUUUGAAUAAUUGGAUUUAAGUCUGAACACCACAGUGUCUUGUAUUAUGAACAAACAUAUUGCUCUCUUGACAACAUUCAGCCAGAGCUGAAAUGUAUUAUUCAAUACAUAAUAAGGCAAAAAGGAUAGAAGGAAACAUUAUUUAUGGUAGUUGAGCUGAAUUCUUUAAUUUAAUCUAUCUAUUCAUUCUACUACUAGAAAAAAAAAAAGAUUGAAUAACGGAAAAUGGGAAACUUCUAAAGUUUAUUGUUUACAUCUCUAAUUUAUUACAGUGAUUAAUAUCUGAUUUUAGAAUUCUUGAAUUUAAGAAAAAAUAAAGUCUUUUAGAAGUUUUAUUUUAUUUUUAUUUUCUUCUAACAGGCAGGUCGGCUAAUUUAACCUGCAGAGCUUUUUUUGGCUAUGGCGGAGAUGCCAGUCCUGUGAUUUACUGGAUGAAGGGUGAAAAAUUUAUUGAAGAUCUCGAUGAAAAGAGGGUCAGAGAAAGUGAUACAAGGUAACUUUUUUUUUAAGUGUUGAUAUAUUUUGCAGAAAGGAAUGAUUAAAAGCAAAUUCAUCAUCCUGAUGAAAGUCUGUGAUACAGACUGAAACGUUGAUUUUUAUUUUGAGCUAAUAAAAGCUAAGUUUUAUUCAUUCAACUUGGAAGUCCCUGGAGUGCUAUCUUGUACUUUUGGCUGUAUCUGUUUGCUGAUAAGCACCGGACAAGUACAUCAAGGAAGGUGGAGUGCAUUACUAUUUUUGUUUUAUAUAUAUAUAUAUAUAUAUAUAUAUAGUUGGUGGGUCAAAAAGCAAGUGGUCCAUAAUUUCUUAACUUGCAUUAUCGUGCCAAAACAAUGCUUAACAACAUGCAGACAGAACGGUGAGGCUGUUCAUAAGCUUAUAUUUUUUACUGUUUCUCAUGGAAAUUAUUCAUUCUAGGAAUCCCAAAUCAUGAUCCCACAACUAUUCUAAGAAAGUAGACUGUUCAGAAUUAACUGUAAUAUAUGUUUUAAAGCAUUUGGGUUAUUUCUUAUUUUUAAGCAGAAAGAUGAGUUUUGGUUGUUUCACACACUGGCAUGAAAUUCACCCACAAGCUUAGUCACCAUGAAGUAUACCACAACAUAUUAAUUUAACCACAUAUUAUUAAAGCUCUCUAUUGUUUAAUAAAAACAUUUAUAAGUGGAUGUUAAAAAAAGAUACUUAAGGUGUCUCUCAAUUAUGAGCCCUCUAUCUUGACCCCCUCUCAACAUUUUGGCAAGCUAUGCUUUCCUUCGAAAAGGAGAACUUUAAAGUCGUUAGGCCCUGCUCGCAGCAAACAUACCCUCCAUGACGACAACCAAGGCAGUCUUCCUGCACCAGUCCACCCAUCUGAGUCAUGGAUUGUCAGGCAUAUCCAUUAUAUAAAUAAUAAAAUAAUUUAUUUAUGUUAAACAAACUAUAAACAUCUGUAAUGAAAUUUUAUAUAUAUAUAUGUGUAUAUACAUAUAUAUAUAUAUAUAUAUAUAUAUAUAUAUAUAUAUAAAACAUUUCAUUCUAAAUGAAUUUUGAUAUUAUUCUAUAUAUAAUUAUAUUAAAUGUAUUUUAUGUAUUAUAUAUAUAUUUAUUAUGUUUUCAUUAUUUAUUGAGGGGCUUUCCUCCUGAACCAGGCUGAAAUACCAGAUAAUUUAAUUUGCAACCCUACAUUUGACCCUAUAACUUUCCAAAACCCCAUAAAACUUGAACAUAGGAGGUUGUACUCAUGAUACAUCACUGUACACAAUUAUGAGUAUUUAAGAGCAGUAAAAUGUAUGUAUGAUGAUAUGUUCAGUGAAAGUGCAGUUUGUGUGUGGAAAAUGCAAACACUAAUGUAAAUGCUAAUUUUAGCCAGGGUUUGUGGCUACUAAAAAGACUGGAUAUACCCCAUUUUGAAUACCCUGGGUUGUCUACCUUUUUCAAAUGGUAUGCCAAGUUGGGGGUAAUUCUCAUUCCUGGGCUGCCAUAUGGUCUCAAAGACAAUAUAUGCACAGCAAGUCAGUCUGGCAAACUGAAAUGGGCAAGCCCUAUAGCUGACCCUGUAACUUUCCAAAAUCCCAUAGAGCUUUUACAUGGGUGAACACGGAUAUGAGUGUCUUAGAGCAGUAAAAUGUAUAAUGACAAUGAUAUAAUCGGUGAAAGGACAGUAGUUUUUAUGAAAAAUGCAAAAAACAAAUAUGGACACUUACUUUGGCCAGGGUUUGUGACUAAGUUUCUACUUUAAAUAGACACUGUAGUCACCAGAACAACUACAGCUUAUUGAAUUUGUUCUGGUGAAUACAAUAAUUACCUUCAGGCUUUUUGCUGAAAACACUGUCUUUUCAGAGAAAAUGCACUGAUACAUUACAGCCUAGUGAUUACUUCACAGGCCACUCCUCAGAUGGUUGUUAGAGAUCCUUUCUGGGUCAUGGCUGCCUAAAAUGGAUGCAAACAUUCAGUGUCUCCUCCCUCUGUAUGCAGACACUGAACUUUACUCAUAGAGAUUCAUUGAUUCAAUUCAUCCCUAUGAGGAGAUGCUGAUUGGCCAGGCCUGUUUGAAUCAUGCUGGCUCUGCCCCUGAUCUGCCUCUUUGUCAGUCUCAGCCAAUCCUAUGGGGAAACACUGUGAUUGGAUCAGACUACCACUUCUGAUGAUAUCAGCAGACUGCUUGGUUUUCUGAGACAAACAGCAUGCAUAGUUACAGCUUUAGGUUUGAAUACAGUAAGAUUUUGCUAUAUUUAUGGAGGCAUGAGAGGCCCUGGGGGGCUAUAUGGUGGUUUUAACACUAUAGGGUCAGGGAUACAUGUUUGUGUUCCUGACCCUAUAGUGAGCCUUUAAUAAGACUGGAAAUACCCCUUUUGAAUACCCUGGUUGUCUACUUUUGCAAAUGGUAUGCCAUGAUGUGGGUAAUUUUCAUUCAUGGGCUGCUAUACGGUCUCAAAGGCAGCAUUGGCCCAGAAAACAAAUCUGGCAAAUUUCAAUGUGUAAAAUCUCAAACAGGCAAGCUCUUUAUUUGACCCUGUAACUUUCCAAAAUACAAUGAUGCACCAAAUGUUCAUGCGGGGCAUCAUUGUACUCAUGGGACAUCACAUCAUGUAAAUGUGUGAGUUUUAUUGUAGCAAAUGCUAACAGUAUUAACACAUUGACAGUUAAAAGGCCAUGCAGAAUGUUGAAAAUAAUACCAUUUCUUAAUUUCUCAUACUUCUUUUGAUUUUUUUCAUAUUAAAUUAUGUUUCAAAUACAAAUAUGUGAUGUAAAAUGAAAGCCAUAUUUCUCCUGAACAAAAUGAUAUAUAAUAAAUAAGUGUGGGUUAAAUUGUGGUUGAACAGACAAAUACUGUAGCUCAAAUUCUAGGUUUUGUUUUCUUUUUAUUAUGGCCAGAACUUGCACAGUUGACUCCGUCCUUAUAGGGCUGGAAUACAUCUGAAAAAGACAUUGACAAAAGAAUGCAAAGUAUAACAUAUUGUGUCACUCAUCAGUUUGGAGUGUUAUGUUUUUACAAUGUAAGUAAAGAACUUAUUUCCCUAUUGUUUUAAGUGGUUUCGAAGAGGUUAUUGUGAUGGUCAAAUUUGUAGAGAAUGGUAUACUUUGCCGCUUACAGUAACAAAAUACAUGUUUUGUUCUCUUUCAAGAAUACUUAGGAAACAUCUCGGAGAGCAAGAGGUCUCCAUUUCAUUAAUAUUUGAUUCAGUUGAAGAUGCCGACUUAGGCAACUAUUCCUGUUAUGUGGAGAAUGGGAAUGGACGAAGACACGCCAGUGUUUUACUACAUAAAAGAGGCAAGUAUUUCUUGAUUUUAACAAUCUUUUUUAAAAAAUAUGGUGUACACAAGUACAUUUUCAUAGAGUGACAACUAGGUAACAAUGAACUGGUUGAGUGCUUUAAACUUAGUAACGCCGAACAGUUUGAGUGUUUUCUGAAAACAAUGCGUGUUUUUAUGGCUUUCAAGUUUAAUGCAGAAAUAUGUUCUCAAAAAGCCUUUAAAAGUGGUUAUUUGUGUAGUAGUUUACUGCACAGUUUGAGUGUUGACUAUUUUCUGAUGAUUUCUCACUAGACCGUUCAAAUUUAGAAAACAGCUGCAAAUAUCAAAAACAGGUACCAGCUGGUUCCCAGUUUUCACUCUCAGAAGUUGCCUAAAACAUUAGCAUCUGUCAGAUUCUUUACUUUUUAUAUCGAUGUGUUGGAUUCAUUCAGGGCUUGUUUAGUAUUUUCUAUCUGUAACAGGUGCCAACAAUUAUGCAUUGAUCAUUUCAUAUGAGGCUAUAUAAUUGUUAUCCAGGGGAAAGCGUUUUCAUUAUUAUAAAAUAGUUGUGAUAACGGAUACUUAGAAUCUGUGAUUUAAAUAGAAUAUUCUGCCUAAAAGCUCAUUGUUGAUGACUGAAUGAAUACAGAUUUUUAAAUGUCUCUAAAAUGAGCUCAAACCUCCCCCUUAGUUGCAUUUUUUUGGUAAGAAACAGUAUUAGAGAGUCCAAUCGCAUUGAACAAUCAAAUUCAAAAUUUAUAAAAUGUGCAGUUACCAUUAAAUAAAUUAAGCCCUCCUAGGGCUGGUGUCUUUUUCUUAGUGUUUGCGUUAGCCCUUUUAAAAAUGUAUUUUGGUUUGCAUUUUCCCUCUCCUGGUAUUUACUUUUCUUUAUAUUUUUAUUUUUUAUUUUAUUACAAAUUGUAUCUUACUUUAUUACAUGCAUGCUUCUUACAUUAUUACAUACAGUCGUCUCCAUAACAAUUCAAUGCCAGCACCUGGUCAAUCCAGCUGGUACUGCAAGACAGUUUAAAGCAGUAAUAAUCCAAAUUUCAUUAACUCUUUUUUCUGCUAGUAACAGUGUCAACGUUCGAAAGUUAAAGUAUUCAAAUUUAGUCUAAACUACGAAUUAAGUAUUCAUGUUGCGAUGUACAGCUCAACAGGCUAAUAUUGAAGGUUAAAGCCAAAAAUUUGGAGCCUUUGAGGGGGUUUUCAUCAUAUGUAACACAGGAAAAUAAACUUUUGCUGUCUGGAUGAAAUGUUAAAGGAACACUCCAAGAAACAUAACCACUAUAGUACGCUCUCUGGUUGAUGUAGUGUAGGAGCCAUGAAGUCAAAAUAUUUUGAAAAUAGGUUGAUUACUUUUAGUGUGGGUGUGCAAGAUGCUGUAGUUGUUAUGGUGCUUAGAGUGUUCCUUUAACUGAUGAUGGAUGCCAUGUAGCAUUAGGAUAGAAUUGGAGUCUAAUAUAUAUAUUUAUUUUAUGUUAUUUGGGUGCUUGGGGAAACACAGCACUUGUUGGAUGCUGCAUGUUCACUUUAAAUAAAAAAACAUAUUUCUCAGAAAUAUAGGUCUACAGCUCUGAAAAGAAAAUUGUCCAGGACCUACAUUUAAGAAGGGAAGAGGGAACAGUAUAGGUCCAGAAUCACAUUUUAGAAAGGCUCAGAGAGUCCCAAGCGACAUAAAACAAGAUAAAGAAAAGGUUGCUCAAAUCUAUUGAAUGUCUAUUCUGAGUCAAAUUGAAAAAGGACUCUGUUUUAUUGUAUUUAAUAAUAUAUCUGAUAUCUUUAGUUGGCUAUGAUAGAUUAAAUAAUAAGAUAUUUAACAUUCUUAAUUUUGUAAAUCAUUUUGUAUCAGGGUUCUAAGCAAAAUUUUGCUAAUAUCUAAGUAAAAUAGCUUUUCUGUUUUAGGGAGAAACCCAAUAUUUAGUCACUUAUAUGAUGUAUAUAUUCCAUAAUAUAAUUUAUGCAUACGUUGUGUAAGAAUGAACAAUUUAGAAUUUAAGAAACUUUGAAAAUGAGGUCCAGUUCUUUUCUUGAGUCAAGUAACACAAAUAUUAUUAUGUUUCUGAACAGACCAAUCUAAAAAGCAACAGGGGUGUUAGAAAUAAAACUAAAAUAAACUGAACAAUCUAAGUUUCUUUAAGGAAUGGAACAUUUAUUUUCUUAGUUCAGUAAAAAGAAACAGACAGCUCAGAAAAACUUCAGUUUCGGAAAGAAUCAACAAAAAUAAUACAUUUUAAUAUUUUUACUAUGUUAUCGCUUCUAAACCACGUUGUAAAUUGCUUUUUCAAUAUACUUCAAUUAUUUUAGCUGCUAACCACUUCCUAGUAUAAACCUUAACACACUUCACAAUUAAAUCAAACCAACAAAAUUGUAGUGUAGCGCUAAAAAAAAUCCAUCAAUACAUAUAUCAAUCCUUUAUUGAUUUUUAAGUGCUAUACUACAAUUUUGGUGGUUUAAUUUUCCCAAUUUAACUUAAUCAUCCUUGAAAUACCCCUCUUUAGCCUUUCAAUCAAAUAAAUCAUUUUUACAACAUAUCAGAGUGCUCUUCUAAUCUUCAAAUAAUUACAUUUUAUUUUAAUUUUUUUAGCGUAAUAAUGGAUAAAUAUGUAGAUCUAGAGCUUUAUUAAAAUUACAAUGUUUUCCUGACAUAUGAUUCCAUCUCUGAGAGAAUACGUGGACAUGAAAACAAUCUGUGUGCAUUAGAUCCACAUGUUAUAGAGCUGUAGAACAAUACAAAUUAUGUGUUGUAGGACCAUAAAAUUAAAUCAUAUAUUUAGUGAAUAUUUAUAUCUUGUUCUUCUCUAGUCCUGUUCAUGUCUUUUUCAUUCCCCCAAUUACUGUCAUUUGGAACCACCUACACUAUUCCCAAACAUUUACACAGUGACGUUUGAUGGCUGUGGCAUGGUACCAGAGCAACCAGAUGCCAGGGGCAGCAUGAAAGGACUAUUGCUGGACUCUCUCAUUUGUGUGGAUUCUGGAACUUUACAAUAAAGCUUCACAUAGUUUAAAUAGGACAUCUUUUAUACCCUAAUGUUCAUAUAGCACCUUGCACAUAACAAUUCCAAACUAUAUAGUAAACUAUGUAGUAUGUAUGAGUCAUGUGAAGUAUCUGUCUAUUAGUGUAGCUGCAGUAAACAUAAUAGCCAUGUGCUCAGAAAACUGGAUUAAAAUAACCUUUGCCACUUAACUGCCAUAUUUGCUGCUGUCAAUCUUCACUUUUAUGCUUAGUUUUUGUCUCUCCUUACCCAAAUCUCCAAUAAUAGAUGUAGGUAUAUCAGGUUUAAAAAUAAACCAUAAAAUAUAUUCUUUUAAAGUGUCCAGAAAUAGAAGGAUUAUACUCAAAGGACCAUCAGCAGCCACAAGUAAUGAAACUCACAAUUCCAAUUUCCCCAGCUCAGUGCUGCAUACCUAGGAAUGCAUUCAAACCUUUAUAUUGAAGCAAGAUUCAGGAUGUGAGCACUACCUUUAAAUUCAGGGAUCAGAAUAACAGUAUAGAUGGAAGUAAAAUGCAUCUGUAUUCUGUGCCAUAUAGAACAAUAGGAUCCACAUGGAGUGACGACAACAUUUUUCAGUGUUAAGUUAAACAUUGAUGCACUGUGUCUUGGAUCUUAAACUUUGAAAUCUCCAACCAUGAACCAUGCUUUCCUUUAAACUCUUUCCUGUCAUGUGUCUUUUUUAGGUUAAACCUUUGAGCUCUGGCUUUAUAUUAUAUAAGAUAAAUGAUAAAUCUGCUGAAGAAAUCCAUUUUUCUUUUCUUAGACUACCAUAGCUCAAGUGCUAUGAUCGCAGGUUGCAAUAUGGAUGUAAGUGAUUCCACUAACUGAAUUGUUAUGUCUUAAUCUUUCUUUUUAGAAAGUGUUCAGUAAACCAAAAUUUCUACUCCAUCCACCCAUAAUUUAGGACAUUUGUUGCAUCUAUCAGAAAAUGUAAACUGUCAAAAUCCAAAAGUAAAGAGUGGAUUAAAGGUUUUGGUUGGAGUUUUUCAAUAAAAGUUGAAUUGACAUCAAAUUGACAUUUCAUCCACUCAAAUUGCAAACCUUUAAUUGAAAAGCCAGCAUCAUUGUUUUUACAUGUGCACAGUGUUGCCUAUAAUUGCAGGGAUGCUAAAGGGAUAUGUGCAAAUCUCACCCUCACUUGCCCUUUUACCCUUCAAGCCUAUGCAAAAAGGCCAUUAAAUUAUAUUUUAUCCAUAGCUUCUACAAGAAAUUGUCCAAGGAAGAUUACAGCUAGAAUGGGGAUGAAAUUGAGUAAUAUGUAAAUUUGUCCUAUGUAAAAGGUUUUCAAGCACACAGAACUGUCCUGGAUACUAACAAGCAAUCGUACCAACUUAAAGUGAAUGGUCCAUUUUACUAUGGAAUCGGUAAUGUGUAAAUAUUGAGUUUGUUUUGAAUUUAUGUGAAAGUGAACUUUCCCAUGCUUCCAUAGAACAUCAGCUGUCAUUCUGAGCAAUAAAUAAGUUUGAAACGUCAGAUCUAAUGAUCCCACACCUGCCCCCCUCUGUCAGUCCUUACACUGGCUUUCCAUAAAAUAUAGGGCUCAAUUUAAGAUCCUGUUACUUGCUUACAAAUCUCUACGCAAUGCUGCUCCGACCUACCUAUCCUUACUAAUACACAAAUAUGUCCCAUCUAGACCCUACGCUCUGUCGAUGUCUUACGUCUAACCUCUGUUUGUACUCCUACCUAUGAUGCACACCUUAAAGACUUCUCUAGGGCUGCACCAUAUGGAACGCCCUUCCCCUCUCUGUUAGACUUUCAUCCAGUCUCCACUCGUUCAAAAAAUCUUUGAAAACGUACUUCUCCAGAAAAGCAUAUCAAUUAAACUGUCAACAACUUUCCCUCUGCGCACCCUGAUUCCUCUCCUGCAACUGUCAUCAAAACAAAACACUAAACACUCAAUAAAUACUAUCCUGGCAACCUACCUUUCUACUCUACCCUUACCUUUUGUGUCACUUGUCCCCACUCCUUCUAGCAUGUAAGCUCGUUGAGCAGGGUCCUCAAUCCUUCUCUUCCUGUUUGUCCAACUCGUCUGGUUACAAAUACGUGUCUGUUAGUCCACCUAUUGUACAGCACUGUGGAAUUUGUUGGGGCUUUAUAAAUAAUAAUAAUAAUGACAAAGUUCAAAAGUCCCUACUAGAGCAGUUAGCCAUAGGUGAAAUAGAGAUUAUUGUUAAUACAAUAAUUGUAAAAAACAACCCAAAACGUUUCAUAUAAAUAUAAUAGUAUGGAAAUAAAAUUAAUAAAUUGGAAAAUGAGGUAGAAUCAGGACAGAUGAUGGCAAACGAGGUGCUUAAUUGACAUAGCAGUUGCCAAAGCAAUAAACCAUGUCAGAACAUGACAUGGUGGGUAAGAUGAUCAGCCAAUAAGCAUUUUACCUGAUUUGAUAAAGCUAUAGUGCUAUUAGCUUGAGUAUAAAAUGUGUAAGGAGCAAAACUGUUGAUACAGGCCAAUAUAAAUGCAACCACAAUCAAAUAGCAAACCCUAUUAUUGACUCAAGUUGUGCAAUUUCCUUUGUUGAAUUAUAUUUGGUCACAAGAAAAGUGACCUUACUAGGCAUUAUUGCUUCUCAUAUUGUCAUUUAUAAUGAACAUUUUGAGCACUUUCGUGAUGAGAGCUAUUUCCUUGAGUUGACAAAUUAACAAUGACAGCUGCAAAUACUAUAUAAUUUCAUCAUAUCGUAUUGCAGGAAAGAGUUACUCCGAGUUGGAUAUUUUUCUACAUUUUGCCAUGGAAACAAUCUUUAUUUUUAGUUAUACUUCUGCACACUUCCACUGUAUUUUCACUGUUCUGACAAUUAAUUUGAUAAGCCAACAAUUAUUCUGAGUCAGAUGAGUGAAAUUAUAUUAAUUGACAGAAGCAGAAAGAAAAAUAUAAAAAGCAGACAUAUUUACAAUGUUUUAUUUAAAGUAAAAUAUAAGAUUACAUUUUAAGAGCAUGAUAUAUUUCAACAACUGGUUCUGUUUUACAGAACAUAUGCCCUUCCAAACGUCUAUUUAAUUUUAUAGAACUUACCUUAUUUUAUUUUUAAUUUAAGUAUUAUGUAACUGGCAGCCCACCUGCAUUUAAACAUUGCAUAUCUUGGUGACAUCACAGUUUGGUUCCCCAAAAUCUCUUUGCCUGUAUUGAUUCUACUGCAUAUUUCUCAAUAGCAACCCACUAUAUAAACAAUAAUUUAUUCUCAUUAAAUAAGCCAGGUUUUCCAUUUUGCAUUAGGAUCCUUAACUGCUUAAGGACGGCGGGCGUGCUAUGCCGUACUUGGGGACCCGGCUCUAACCACCUACGGGCGGCAUAAUACGUGCCCGCCAUCCAGGGGACUUACCUGCUCGCUGGCGAUCCCCAGCCAUCCAUAGCAGUGCCAGCAGGGGGACUGCCUGGAAUGACAAGUAGUCCCCCUGCUGCCUGUAAUCAAGCCCAAUAAAGGUUAAAAACAGUGUAAAAUAAAAUAAUAUAUACUAAGAUCAUCAAAUCUUGUGUAAGAGCCUCCUUCCCUCAGAUAGGGAUGGGUUGUGGAUGAGUAUUCCAGCAUGACAAUGACCCAAAACACACAGCCAAGACAACAAAGGAGUGGUUCAAGAAACAGCACAUUAAGGUCCUGGAGUGGCCUAGCAGGUGUCCAGAUCUUAAUCCCAUAGAAAAUGUGUGGAGGGAGCUGAAGGUUCAAGUUACCAAACUGCAGCCUCGAAACCUUAAUGACAUGGAGAUUCUCUGCAAAGAGGAGUGGGACAAAAUCCCUCCUGAGAUGUGUGCAAACCUGGUGGCCAACUUCAAGAAACAUCUGACCUUUGUGUUUGCUAACAAGGGUUUUGCCACCAAGAAAUAAGUCAAAGGGGGUCAAAUAUUUAUUUCAAUCAUUGACAUGCAAAUCAAUUUAUAACUUUUUUGACAUGUGUUUUUCUGAAUUAUUAUUUUUUUGUUAUUCUGUCUCGCACUGAUAAAAUACACCUACCAUUAAAAUUAUAGAAUGAUCAUUUUCUUUGUCAGUGGGCAAACAUUCAAAAUCAGCAGGGAAAAUAAAUACAUAUAUAUAAAUACAAUAAAAAUAAAAAUUUUAAAAAUAGAAAAUAAAAAUUGUAUAUAUAUAUAUAUAUAUAUAUAUAUAUAUGUGUGUGUCUAAUUUCAUAUAUAAUACACUUAGAAUGAAAUAAUAUAUAUAUAUAUAUACAUAAAUAUAUAUGUAUAUAUCACUGUAUAUACAGUAUAUACCUAUAUAAAUAAAUAUAAUUUAAAUAUAAUAUAUAAUAAUAUUUUUACAUAAUUAAGUCAUUUUAUUAAUUAAUUUGAUUAAUUUAAUUUGCUAGCACUAUAUUUAACCUUGUAACUUUUCCAAGACACCAUAAAACAUGUACAUGGGGGUACUGUUUUACUCAGGAGACUACUGUAUUACUGUAUUACAACGAUGAUAUCAUCAGUAAAAAUGAAGUUUUUUUGCCAUUGUCACACACAAACGGCACUUACACUGACAAUAUAAUUGUUGUGAUAUGUUUUACGGUUUUGAAACACUAAUAUUUCUAUUCAGCGAAGUCUCCUGAGUAUAAUAGUACCCCUCAUGUACAGGUGUGAGGGUGUUUUCAAAAGCUACAGAGUCAAAUAUAAGGCUUGUGUUUCAGUUUUUUCACAUUGAAAUUCGCCAGAUUGGUUAGGUUGCAUCUGAGACGGUAUGGUAGCCCAGGAAUGAGAAUAACACCCCAUGUUAGCAUACCAUUUGCAAAAGUAGACAACUCAAGGUAUUGCAAAGGGGUAUGUACAGUCUUUUUUUAGUAGCCACUUAGUAGCAGUCACAAACACUGGCCAAAAUUGGCGUUCAAAUUGUUUUUUUUGCAUUUUUCACACACAAACAAAUAUUAACGCUAACUUUGGCCAGUGUUUGUGAACCUUGAAUUGUCUGCUUUUGCAAACCAUUUGUUCUCAAAGGCAACAUAACCAGUCUGGCAAAUUUCAAUGUGUAUAAAUUGAAAAAUGCAAUGUGCUAUUUUUCACACUGUAACUUUUCAAAAAACCAUAAAACCUUUACUUUGGGGGAACUGUUUUACUCGUAAGACAUCACUGAAUACAAAUAUGUGUGCUUUAUUGCAGUAACAUUCACAGUUAAAUUGCUGUGCAGAACUAAAAAAAUAGCAUUUCUUAAUUUCUCAAUUUUUUUUAUAUUUUAUUCAUAUUAAAUUAUGUUAUAUAUACAAAUAUUUGAAGUGACAUGAAAGCCCCGUUUCUCCUGAACAAACUAAUUUAUGAUAAGUGUGGGUGCACAUGAUAUGAAAGAGGUGAAUUAUGCCUGAACAGACAUAUAGUGCAAAUUCAAAGUUUUGUUUACGUUUUGUUUUGAUCACAACUUGUACAACUGCCUCAGUCCUGCUUAAGGGGUUAAACUUAAUAAUUCUCCAAUUGUAAAACAAAGACAUAAAAAAGACAUAAAAAGAUACCUUUUAAAUACACACAGUAGAUUAGAAAUUAAAAAAAAAGGUCUUUAUUAAUUUUGCUUGUGCAUUAUUAGGUUAUAGCACUGUGCUUAUAUAGCCUAUUUCAGGUACUUGACACAAUUUUUGUAGAUUAAAGAAACACACUAAGCACUAUAACCACUGGAGCCUGCUGGGAUGGUUAUAGUGUUAGGAGUGCCCUACCAUGCUUGGUCCUGCUUGGUACCUGCAUCCACACAGCCUGCUUCUGGAUUCUCCUUACAGAUGAAUACUUUUUGCUCCACUGAACUAAGCAGAGCUGAGCAGGGCUGUGCAGGGCUGCAUUUAUUGGCUGAGGGCAUCAGCUGAGCUCUCUCAACCAAUGAGAGCAGUCCUGUAUAAGACCCUUUUAGCUCAGUGAAGACAUCUGGCUACUUCAGCGAGAGAAGACUAGGAGCAAGUGCCAAAGGGACUUAGGUAAAAUGCCAUACUCUGAAAUGGUUUUAAUGGUUACUCUGGGAGGGUAGCAUGACACUCUCGUCACCAUAACCACUAUGGUGGGCUAUAGGGGUUAUGAUGAUUGAAGUGUUAUAUUAGUCAUGGUUGUAUGGUACAUGAAUUUAUCAACAUGCCUACAUUUGAAAGUGCAUUUUUUAAAAGUAGAAUCUUAAGAAAAUUGGGAAUAAUUUAAAUAGUUUAACACGUUAAGAAAAAUGCACUUGAGUGCAACAUGUGCAAUAUUAACAUGGAAAUGUUACUUGUAAGUGGGUAUACUUUAUAACUAAAAAUUACCAAAGUACCUGCCAAAAUUGAAGUACGAAAUUGGUUGUGAUUUUUCACAUAUGGACUGUGCCAAGAUCUCUGAAAUAAAAACAACUAGCAGAUUAUGCCAGGUAGCUAAAUUACAUUGCUUGUUAGGAACUAAAAUAACUAAUAUAAACUAAUAGUUUGUUAUGAAGACACUUUAUGAAAAUAUAUUUGUAGAUAUAUUAGCUGUGAUGCCAUUGUGUUGUGAAAUCACGCUAGACAUGAUGUGUCUUCCAGUGAUAUGUGUUUUGAGCUCUCAAAACAAUGCAUUGCUAUUUAUCUGAAAGCAAAUAGUUUACAGAUAAGAAAAUGUAUCUCUUUGAUGGAAGCUACCUGAUCACUAUAGCUUAAAGUUGCUGUUCUUUAGGCAAAUAUACAAAAAGCUCUCACUCUAACAAAAAAAAAAAGGGUUGUCACAUCCAUAAUUUAAAGCAAUUUCCCCUAGCAAACACGUCAAACUUUUUAACACUUAUUACGAACUGCACUGCAUUGACUAGCAAUCAAGCUAGCUUGGCUAGUAUCAAGCCUUACAUUAGUUUGAGACACAAAUCAUGGUCAGGAGAGUUCUGAAAUUCUAGAUGUGGUGCUAGCUCCAUUAGAACCAGUUCACAAGAAAUGUGUUUUUUUAAUAAUAUCAUAUGGCAAGGCAAUGAAUAACACUAAAUAAUGAGAGAUAGCAUUACUAAUAGUUUCUCUAUCUGCAUUCUGAGCAACAAUCCCCGUCACACAAAUAGUUAAUGAAAGAGAAUCUAGAAAUAAAAGAAGAGCUUGGCCCCAUCUCCAAUCUGUGCCCUGGAACUUAAUUAUGUGAUUAUCUAACUAGUGAUCAAAGAUCAUCAAACAUCACCCUAAAUUACAGGGGUCGAUUCAGUCUAUUCACCAGAUGCCAAAUGGCACCUGAACAGCAGCGGAAUAUAGUUUGGUUGUUACUAUUCAUUUGGUUUAACUAAUUCAACUAUUAACACAGGGCAUAUUCAGUUAUUUGAACCAAAUUCAUACUUCUAUUCAGCUAUAUUUUGUUUGUCUUAAAAUCAGCUGAAGCUCCAUAUUAUGGUGCUAUUAACAAAUGGCUGAAUUGCAGGUGAAUUUGAAAACAGACUGGUUUAAUUUGGUUGUUCCAACUUCACAAAUUGCACCUAAAACAAGAAGUACCUAUUCUAUUACUUACUCUAAUGAAACAUUUGUUUUCUGGUAGCUGAAAAAUUCAGCUACAAUUUAUUAGCAAUACAGAUGCAAUUUGGUUGCAAAUCUAGUUGCAAAUUUAGUUGAGAUAUGUUCACAUUCUUAUUAAACACGUAAGAUCUGUUUGAAAAUAGUAGGGUUCCAUUGAGCUCACUUUGGUUACCAAUUUUAGCUUUUUAGUGAACACGUUGAGCUACAGAGGGAUUUUAACAAAUUAAUGCAAGAGGGAUGAGUUGAAUGCAAAUAGACAAAAGUUUAAAAGCAAAUUUGGUGUAUGGUAAAUUGACCUCGCAGUGUUUGGGAGUAGGAGAUGAAGGCAUAGAUGCAAUUACAAUAAUUAUUAGAAUUAUUUUAUUAUUAAGUUAUCUCCUUUAUAAGAAACAAUAUUGUAUUUUACAGAAAUUAAUGGGUAGCCACUGUGACAAACCCUGUAAUUUCCUUUGCCCCAGUUAUUUUCUCCUGCAUUCAAUAGCUUUAUAUACCAAACACCGACCACCCCCCUGGCUCAUUUAACUUCAAAGUAACCACAAGAUUAAGUGCUCUCACAGGGCAGCCGCCGUUCGUAUAACCGAACAACACGUGCGCUGGAAAAAGGCAGCCAUCUUGUCUCCCAAAAGCAGGCAGCGUUGCUUGGUAGUCAAGUGUCGGGCACUCAACCUUGCGAACCCUGGAAACUUAGUACGAAUGCCUGAGUACAAGGUACGCAUGAACUAAAGGAACAAUCGCUACCUACGAGCCAGGGGAACCACUCGGUAUUUUAUUCAUUUUGGGACUCCUGAAAGUGAACGACUGCUACCACUUUCCUCACAGAACUAUUUUGGGCAGACGCCACUUGUGAGGUCGGUCAAAACUUUACCCCGGGGGCGAUUCGGCUGUAUUUGUGGGAUCUGAGCACUAUUUGGAUACUUUGCACGCUCAGAUCCAGGCUAUCCAGGGAUAUAGGAUUUGUAGGAGUCCCUAUUAAUAUUAAGUAUGAUUUGGGGUGUUUUAUGUUUUAUUCUCUGUACCUUUAGUGUCUGGGAGAUGAUUAGUUUAAGCAAAGUUCACUCUAUUAUCUCCCAGACACAGAAACUCCUGGACAUGUUUUACUAUAUUUUUGCUGGAGACCCCAUGCUGGGGGUCUGUGUAUAAAAGUGGGCCAUCUGGCCAUAAUAAAGCAUUCCAGUUGUACCCUUUAUCAAGUCUUGAUUGAUGUUUAGGCAUGCGAACGAAGAAGUGUUUGAUUAUUCCCAGGACCUGCUUGCAUUUCGGGAGAGUACUAAUCACUUAAUCACUUAAGCCUCUAGCAGUUUGGGAGUGUGCAAACGAACGUACUAUACAAAGUACAAGCGGUUCAUUACAGCCAUAUAUACAAUGCACCAUCCUCCCUCAAAACUCCCUCAUUUUUCUCGAUUUAUGAAAGUGAACUAAUUCAUCACUGCAUAACACUGUUAUGAAGAGGUACCCAAGUUUACAAGUCACUUACAUUGACUGAGAGUUACAAAAUACUUCAGGUUAAUUAUGGACAGUUUCUUAUCAACUUCUAAUUUCUUGUAUCUCCAUUCAUUUUAGACAAAUUAUUACGAACAAAACUGUGAAAGUUUGCUUUUCCUUUUGUUUUAGUUUUACUUACAUUCAAUAUUGAGUUAUAUUUGUAUGCAGAGUAGCAAGAGAAAGUUAAGUCUGCUCUGGCAAACAAUUUACUAAAACACUGAAAAUCUUCUAUUACUUGCGUUAUCUUUUUUUCAUGAGAUGCUCCAUUUAAAAAAAAAAAUUGUAUUAAAGAUUUUGCAACUAACAUCACCCAAAGUAAAGCCAGGGCAGACAUUGGAAAUGAUGAAAAGAUAUAGAAACAAUAUUUUAUUUUUCUCUGUAUACAUUCUCUGUAUAAUUGACAUGGAGAUAAAUUGAAGGAAUCCAGCUGUAAAAUAAAGAUGUACAAAUUUCUACAUUAAAUUCAAUGUUAAUGUAUAAAUAUAGGGACAAGUAAUCAUAAUAUUAAAUAUUUGUGGAAAUGACAGAUCUCCUCUAAAUGUAAAAUUUUAGAUGAACCAUUGCAUAGAACAACAACAACAACAAAGCCCAAAUUGCUAGUGGCCUAGCAUAAAAAAUACCAUUGAUUUUGAAUAGCACACUCUAAUCACCAAAAUCAUUAAAACUUAAAAUUAUGUUUUUGUAUAUGGACUUUGUCCCUGUGGUCUGACUAUGAAUGCUGUUUGUGAGAAAUGGCAAUGUACAUUUGUCAGUCAGAAAGCUUCUAGUGGUUGUCAUCCGCUGGUUCACACAUCAAGUGACAAAAAGUAACCAACAGAGGGAUUUGUUUUAUACUGUCCCUCUUUUACACCUCUUCUAUUGCUCACUUCUCACUUGAUCUGUGAAUAAAAUCAACAAUUAGUGACUUUCCCCUUAUAUAUAUUUUAAAAAAAGAACAAAAACAUAUUUAUUACAUAAUUCAAAUGUAUACUAUAACAUCAAAUGACUUUACUGGAUUUGGCCAAAGUGUAUCCAUUUGAAAUACGACAUUUUAAAAAUAUGCAAAUUAUAUAUUUUAUAUAUAUAGGCCUUACAUAUAAGGAUUACAAACUACAUAUUAGAAAUUCAAAGAAUGCAUUGUUGGUAUGGAAUAACAUGUGCUCGUUUGGUUGAAAUAGACAAAUUUCAACUGACAUUGCUUUUAAUAAAUAUGACAAUUUUGACCAUCUAGACCAAAUUCAGGCUUAAGCAUAUAAUCGUGAAUGUGCCAGUUUCAUUAUUUGUUCACUAGUAAUUAUUGCCCUUUAUUUAAAAGAACACUCCACAAUUGUGCCCAAUGAGAAGUCCCUGAUUGGAGAGUACCCUAGCACAGAUAAAGAGGGAAAUGUAUUGAUUUUUUUAGCAUGAAUGUACUGUGUCCUUUAAUUUACUGAUCAACAAUAAAGAAGUCCAUCAAUGCAAAAUUAAUUUUGUUGGGCUCAAUUAACUGCAGAAUUAAUUUAUUCCAGGAUAGGGCAUGCUGACAUUUUGACAGGAACAGGUAAAAAAAACAUGCUAUCAAGUUAAAUUCUUCAGGCACAAUGCGGACUCGAAAGUAUGUCCAAUUUUUUAACAAAUUAUAUAUCCUGAUUAAUACAUAAUAGUUAUACUAUAGUGUUAAAACCAAAUUUGUACACUUUUAAAAAAUUUCUAAUUUCUGAAGUUCAUAUGUUGUAUUUCUUGCAAAAUAUCAAUUUAUUUUCAUUCUGAGAAUCAAAUCAGUCAGUGAAGAAUAGUGGCAUGUUCCCAGACAUCACGCAUUCCACAGAAUCUUUAUUUUUAGCGUUCCUUUCUGUGUAUCCUUGUACGUCAGCAUUUACUGAAAAGUAACUUGCACACGUUACACUGUAGAGAAAGUUUAUAACAAUUUGAAGCCAGGUGCAGAUCAGAGAUAGAACCCCGAAGUGCACCAGAUAAUUAAAGUUGGAUUAGUGUAAAAGAAACACAUUUAUUACUGAUCAUAUCGCUCAAUAUUUUGAGAAGGUGCAUGCACUUUAUUUUAAUUAGCUGUUCCUUUAACCACAAUGCCAGAGAAAAUCAUACUGAUAAGGAAAUAGUGUAACCAUUGGUCAAAUUGACUUCUGCAAAUCUGGUUUAAAUUGAAGCAAUUUAUUCAGAAAACAAUCUAGUGCUGUAGUUUAAAUCAAUAUUUUUUUUCCUUAAUCGACAAUUGUGCUACCCGAGGACUAUUGUUAUUGCACUGCAACUAAGUCUCUGCUGAGAGCUUAAAUAUAACCAUUUAAAGAGUUUUAUUCAUGUGUUUUGGGGAAUAAUACUAGUCAUUAUCCCUAAAUUCAGUGGUCUUGUUGCCAUAGAUAUUUGUGAAAUACAUUACCCAUGAUUUAAAUGUAUUCAUGAUUUCAUCUCAUAUUUAAUGGAUGUAUUUUGCAAGCAUCCUCUCCUAUAUAUGCAUAUUUUGGUUAAUACAUUUAAUUACAAAUAUAUCUACUGCAUGAAACAUUGCAAUACAAUUGUAGUAUCAUCUAGCAUGUGAAAAAAAGCUGGUCUUUUUGUAAGAGACAAUACUUUCAAUUAAAUAUUCCAGGCAUGUUAUCUUACAUACAGCCAAUGGAUGACAGCCACUAUACAGUACCCUCAAGCAAUACUGAUAAAAAAAAAAAAAAAAAGCUGUGAAAAAAAGUGUAUUUUUGUUCAUCUUUUGAUCAAAAAUACACAAAAAUACUUUGCUCUUAUAAAUAUAAAACAAUUUCAAAUACAACACAGGUUUAACCAAAAAAAUUAAAAAAAUCUUCUUUGUCUUCUCCCAUAAUGUCUGAUGAGAUUGGAGAAUACAUGGGGAAAAAAAAUCUGAGACCAGUCCGUCACACAGAAUCUCAUCAUAUUUAAAUGUGGGAAAGAGGUACUUUUCCUGUGGCUAACCUCUCGGUGUGCACCAAACUCACCUCUUGUGUUUAUUGCAAAAAAGUUCUGUUUUGGUUUCAACUGACCAUAGAACUUGAUCCCAUUUGAAGUUCUUGUAGUGUCUGGCAAAUAGAAUAACUUUGACUUUGUUUUUGGAUGAGGGUAGAGGUGUUUUUCUUGAAACCCUUUUAAACAACUUAUUGUGAUGCAGGUGACUGCAAUUGACUUCAAUUCUCUAUCUGUGAACCUUGGAUUUUUUUUUUGGCCACUUCAACCAUCCUUUUCACAGUGCAUGUAGACAUAGACACAAUUCCUACUUCAGGUUAAUUUAUAACAUUUCCAGGGGUGGAAAUGGGCACUUUUCAUGCUUUUGCUAUUUUCUUAUAGCCACUUCUGAUUUUGUGAAGCUCAACAACCUUUUGACACAUAUGGCAAGCUAUAUUCCUUGUGCUUACCAAUUGCGUGUUUACUUUAUAUUCAUACCCCUGUAAAACAGGAAGUUAUGUUAAAUAAUUUCCUGUUCCUAGUCACCCAGGUGUACAAAAAAAAUUAAAUAUCAAUGGGCAUAUACUUAAAAUAUAUUUUUCUCAUAUGAAUUCAUAGGUGUGCCAAUAAUUGUGCCACACAUUCGUUAAACAAAGAAAACCUAUUUUGUGAACUGAAGAGGACAAUCCAUCAGCAUUCAGCUUAAAAUUUGAAGGAUCUGGAGAGGUUUUGAAUGGAUGAAAAGUCUCAGAUCCUUUCCAAUGUCUUCUCAAAUCUCAUCAGGCAUUAUAGGAGAAGACUCAGAGCUGUUAUCUUGGCAAAGGGAGGUAGCGUAAAGUAUUGACUAAAGGGUGCCAAUAAUUGUGCCACACAUAUAUUUAACACAGAUUGUAUUUUUUUUUUAAACCUGUGUUUGCAAUUGUUUGAUAUACAUUAGAGUAAAUUAUUUUUGUGUGUUUUUUAUUUUUUACAUAAAAUCAAAAUGUUAAACAAUAAAGACAAUUUUUCACAGCCUCUUUGUUCAUAUGCUCCAAGCGUACCAAUAUUAGUGGAGGGCCAUCACAGUUGUCUGACUUGAACCCCAUAGAAAAUCUCUGGUGAGAUUUGAAGAAGGCGGUUGCAGCACACAAACCGAAGAAUAUUACUGAACUGGAGGCCAUUGUUCAGAAGCAAUGGGCAAAUAUUCCUCAGGAAUGCUGCCAGAAGCUGGUGUCUGGCUAUGCAUCUCAUGUGCAGCAGGUCAUAACAGCAAAAGGGUGCUCUACUAAGUACUAAAGAUGCUUGCCAUGAAGAAGCUGAAUAAUUUUGAGACUGGAGAAGUCUGUAUAAGUAAGUUUUUUUGUUAAAUUAUGGGAAUCCACUUAAAUCAUUUAUUUUGUUGAGCUAUUUCAAUUGUUUUUAUUUGAUUUGUUAAUGACAAACAGCUUAACAAUUCCAUUCACUCCCUAGUCUUUGGCAAGUGAAAAUAGAGCCCUGGCAAGCCCUGAAAUUCAGCUCCCUACCCCCCUACCCCUCCAGUGAUUGUACUAUGGAGCCUUCAGGCAUGCAGUGGGAAAUAACUCUGAGGCCUGACUUGUAGGAUAGGACUUGAAAUGUUGAGCCUUGAAAACAUUAAUAUACUUAUUUUUCAUGAAUGGAUCUCUUUAAACAUGUUGAAAUGACUGGCAAAUAUUUGCUCAAAUUUUCUUUUAUUAUUUUGGGAUUUAUAUGCUGAUAUUAUUUUUAAUUCUUAGAGAUUUCUUUUUAAAUACAUAAAAUGAAUGGUAGUGGCAAGGUGAUCCGUCCUUUUAGGAGUCAGCUAAAAAAAAAAUACAUUAAACAUAACAAAGUUAAUUAUGUAACAUUCUCAUCUGCCUAUGAUGAUCCCGCUGCUGCAAUCUCAGUUUAAAAAAUAAAAAUAAAGAACAGUGAAUUGCUAAUCUCUGUGUUUUUCAAUCUGUUAAAGAAUAUAAACUACAAAUCCCCCAACAACCUGACCUACAUAGGAUGCUCCCCUCUUUUAAAAGACAAUGCACUGACCCCGACCCACAGCCACAUACCGUAUUUCUUGCUGUAUGCCUUACUUCACACACGCUUGAACAUCCCAGCUCCUGCUUACAUGGGGAAAUGGGAGGUCACCCUGGGGAAAACCUUUACAGUGAGCCAAUGGGGGAAGAUCUGUGAUCUGGUACAUCACUGCGUGCUAGGUAGCAAAAUCGAGGAAACAGUCCUCACACUCUGGUACAGAACACAUCACCUCUUCCGGAGCAUUGAUCCUGCUCUGGGUGGGAACUGCUGGUGUUGCCAAACUGCACAAGGCACUUUCCUGCACAUCUGGUGGGACUGCCCUAAAAUUAGGUCCUUCUGGUCGGUGAUCAACACCAUCUUACAUAAAUUCUCGGACAAAACCCCACCUUUCCGCCCAGUCCCUUUUCUUCUACACCACACCACCACCCCAACAGCUAGAAACAAAAAAUCAAUGUCCAUCUGAAUCUUAAACAUGGCUAAACAAGUUGUCCCUCUCUACUGAAAAAAAGAGACACCCCCUCCGUUGACAUUGUGGUUAGAUAAAAUGGAAGAGCUGAGAUGACUUGAAGAACUGACAUUCAUGGCCCAAGGACAUACCCAAACUUACACAGACAUCUGGACGUAUUGGCUGACGGUCGCAUACCCUGCUGACUUUCAGGCCCUGCUGACAUACAGGAAUGAUGGCCCAACAGGAUGAGGGAUCUUGGGUCGCUGGCCAUAAGCACUCCCCAGUGGGGGUGGAACAGAGGAGGCCCUUUUAUCCUAGCACUCCAAUUCCCAUUUGGUUGGGUACCCAAGCCAACGGAGCAGCAAGGGUCAUUCUUAUCACAGGCUAACCAAGUGGUUAGGGAAUUAGCUGGACAGACCUAUGGAGACGUACAUUCUGUUAUAGUCCUGAAGGUAAGGUUCACUGGAAUGUGUCAUCACUCCCGUAUAUAUCUGAAUGUAUGAGUCCAUGUUCAUCUUUAUGUUAUUUGCCUACCCAGCCCUGCGCGGCUGCCUGACUUCAACUGUAAACUGGAAAAAACGGUCUAACUGUGAACUUACUGAACAGUGAACAAUAAAAAUAUUCUUAACAAAAAAAAAUAUAUAGCCCUAUAAAGGGUUAAAUGUUAAAGGGUUUAUAAAAUACCCCUUCCUGUCUCACUGGAGACUCUUGGCUGAUAUCAGCAUAUCUAAUGGCUAGUGUAGGAACUCACCUAUUGAGGCUUGCCUUGACGUGGCAGGUGAGCUUAUAUAUUCAAAUGGCCAUUAGAAUAAAACCAAAGAGCCUCAAUUUUUGUUUAAAAGCACAUGGGGAUUUAGGCCAGAGUGCAGGUAAUGUUUUCUUUGUUUUUUUUUUAAAAAUAUAUAAGCUAACUUUAUUUAUAAAGGACUUAAAUUAACAAUUGUGAAUUGCCAUGAAGCCAAAUGCAGCAUAAUAUUCACUAGGCAGUACUUUUAUUAAGGCGUGAGAACAAAUUCUGUUAAACAUAGAACAAAAAAAAACAGCAGCCCGUCCAAAAAUUGUUAUAAUAUAUCACUCUGGCAAUUUUAAAACCUUUGUCUGCAACUUCAGAAUAGAUUAAAUAACUUUCUUGAAACAAAAUGGGAUGUUGCUUGGAAAAUCUACAAUUAGAUAUGUUGUCAGUAUGAGGCUAUAUUUUACCAAUGAUGAUAAUGAUAAGAACAAUAAUGCAAGGAUGUUGGUUUUAUUUUGCUUUUUGUCUUCAAAGUAAAAAGUAUUACAAAAAUAAAUAACUUCUAAUAGGCUUUCUAUAUUUUACAUUGUAAAAGAUGAAAUGCUAAGCGCAGCAGGCAGUAGGAGAAAAAAAAAACAUGGUGUGUUUGAAGCACAUUUUAGAAAAAGUUUUAUUUUUGAAAGAAACACAGUUAACAGAAACACGUUUAAAGGGGAACUGUUACUUCUAGGGUUUUGCAUUUCAGUAUUAUAUUUUCUUCUAUAUUUAACAUAUGUAUUUGUGAGGUGUGAGAAAUCUAUUUAACCCAUUAAGGACACAUGACAUGUGUGACAUGUCAUGAUUCCCUUUUAUUCCAGAAAGUUGGUCCUUAAGGGGUUAAACAAAUAAAUCUGCAUAUCUUUAUCAUGUUUAUCAUGUAAUUAGGUGCCUCUGUAUUAACUUCUUUUCAAUCAUUGUUAUAGUCCUGUCCUUGGCACCUGGCUAUAAAACUGACUCAUUAAUGCUCCCCAGCACACCCAUUGAUAGCGGGGUGGUCUCUAAAAUUAAUAACAGUAAGAAUACUCAUGUCCCUGCCUAGCUCCACUCAUGGGCAGUGGAUGGAAACUCUACAUAAAUAUACUGGGGUGUGCAUGCAAUUGCCACUGCCGACCCAUCUUAAAAUGAUAUUCAUAGAGGGAAGGCCAAUAAAACUAAUGCCAGUUAAAAAAAUAAAAAAGAAUAUAUAUAUAUAUAUUUAUAUAUAUAUAUAUAUAUAAUCCAGCACACUCACUUAUUUACCAAGCCGAAAUUUCAUUUAAAGCUCACAGAAUGUAAUUUUGUUUUUAUUUUUAUUAUUUAAAAACACCUCACCUAUGCAAAAAUAAUGGAGGUUUAGUUACAGUAUAUGAUCAUACAUUGUAUAUGCCUGUCAAUACACCAAUAUACCCCAUUCUUGGCAGGUGAUCCUAGCAACCUAUUGCUUGUUUACACAAUGGUAAACUUAUACAAUCUAUCGUCAUAUACUGUAACUAAACACCCAUUAUUUUUGCCUAGGUGAGGUGUUUAAAAAAAAGAACCCCCAACAAAAACGAUUACAUUCUUUGAGCUUUGAAUGAAAUAUAUUUUUAGUGAAUGAGUGAGUGCGUUGGAUCUUGUAUGUUGUGUGAAUUGGCCCCAGAGCACAUUUAUAAUGUAUGUUCAGGUUAGUGCCGACCUCUUGGUUUUAUAUAUAUAUGAGUGAAACUCUCUUAGUUUCACCAAGUGCUUUAUUACAGUUAGCCAUCAUUGGCUGCUGGUUGUUUAGCAGACAUGCCAUCACUUGCGGUAUGGUGAGUGGGGGCAUGGGGAAGUAAACAACCUUCCCUGUACAAAAGUACAGGCAGUUUGUUUUAACUAUGUUAAUAGUUAACCUCAAAUUUAGAAGCAACUGAAAUUGUCAAUAUGUUUGGAAGUCGCUCAUUUUUACCAGAUUUUGUCCAUUGGGAAAUAAAACAAGUCUUUAGUGAAUAACCCCAAUAGUGUUAACAGAUAUAUUUAUAUUCAAAGAGAAACAAAAUUCAGCAUUGUGUUUCUCAUUAAUUAAAACGUCCAGACAGUACAGUAAAUAUAUGCCAAGAAAUUAACUGCAAAAUAUAUGCAAAACAUUUUAAUUUAAUACUCUUAUAGUUGGAUUCUUUGUUUCAUUUCAUAACAAAAGAGCAAAUGCUGCACAGAUUUCAACAAGCAACCUAUUAGUUAAUGAAUUGUAUGUCUGUGUAUGUCUCCUGCCACUAACAAGCAGAUGUGCCACUGUAUGAAAUGAUAAACACGCUGUAAAAAAACAAGAACGUCUGGAUUAUCAACUUGCCCAUACCAAAAUUUGAAAAAGUGGAAAAAGUAUAUAGCUUUUUUUGGAUCGUUUUCAAUUAUUUGUGCUUAAUAAAACUAUUUAGACAAUUUUUUAUGUUUGUGACAGAAAUGUACAUUUUCUGGAAACACUUCAUCAUUUUUAGAACCAAUCUUUUAUUUUAAAGAAAUGAGCCUUUCUCAAGGGGGUUUAUUUGCUAAAUCAGGAAAUAUCAAGUAUCAACAAGUGAAUUUAGAAUUCUACAAUAAAAAAAGUAUUUUCCUUGACUUAGAUGUGUAAAAAAUAUAACUUUUAUUAUUAUAAUAUAUAAUAUCACAAACAACAUGAUUAUUAAUAACAUAUCAAUAAAAUAUCGUAAGAUUAACUGUAAACCCAAUACAUAACAAACUAAUAAAGCCUAAUAAAAGAUAGGCACUUUACAUAUAAUUUACAUGAGGAAUAAGAUCAAGAUUGGUAAAAUUAUCUUAAAUGUCACUAGAAAGCAUUUAGACCUAUGACAAAGAAUCGCAUGUCUGUUCAAACUACUUAAGAGGACCAAUCAUCCCUGACAGAGGUGUAAAGAAAAAAGACUCGGAUACCUGCAGCAAUCUGUGACAGUCUAAAGCGGUACAGGAAAUGCAUUAACUAUCAAGGGUAUAACUGUUGCUAAAACUAUUUUGCCCUAACAUUUCCUUCAAAGGCACCUAUCACUAAAUACUGAAAACAGCAACUCUAAUGUUACUAGGAUUCCCUAAACUGUAUUCAGUAAUGUAUAAACUAUGAACAGAACUUGCCUGUGUAAAAAAAUGUGUAGUUAAAAUAAAAAAAAAAUAAAAAGUAGCAAAAAUAGCUCCAGCAAAAAGUUUAGCAAUAGCUGAACCCCUGAUGCACGCGUUUCACCAACCAGACUCUUUCCUAGAACCUAUUAGCUAAUUUCUUUUUCUAGUACGUUUUUGCAAGUUCUUUGAAUUCUCACAGGUAAAUAACCCUGACAGUAAAUAUUAUUUUGAACACAAAGAAGAUAAACUAUUCUGGAGUAAAACAAGACGAAUAGUAAGUAAUAUUUUUAUAGUAUAAAAUAUUAGAAAUGUAAUAAAAAAUAUACAUUUUAUUUAUUUAUAUAAUUUAUUUAAAGACACUAUAAUAGAAAAACAAGGCUGUUGAAAGAGUUUUCAGCUACAAUUGUACUGUUAUCAUUUGUUGUUCAAGGGCCAUAUUGUGGGACAGAAUGCCAAAACAUCAUGAUCAGAAAGCACAUAAUUUAAAAACAUCUCAUAGACAUUUUUAAAUUACAUUUUGUAAAUGCUGUUAUUUGGGAGAUACUAUAAAUCUCUCCUAAGACUGAAAUAGCAUGGCUGUUAUUUCAAACUUUAAAAAAUGAUGAGUGCAACCUUACGAAACUAUAAAAAAUGUUUUUGUUUCUAGGCGCUUACAUUGUGUUAUUUUUGGUUCUUGAAGAAAAUAUACAAUAUACAUACUAAUUCUAAAAUAAAUAAAUACAUAGCAAAUCAAUAUUUAAAUUUAGACAACAGAUUGCUUCCCCAGAGAGAUGCUAUUUGGUUUUAGCUACUGCCAUAGUGUAUUUCUAUGAAGCAAUAGAUAAUGUAAAAAAGAAAGCAUAACCAAUGCCUUAUAAAAUGCUAAUUUUUAAGGGGCACGCCACAAAGCAAUUGACUCAUGCUUCUUUUUAAUUUCUGGCACAGAUAAUGCAUUUAAAAAAAAUAAAACUAAAAUACAACAACCAAUCCAGAAUAAUAAAAUAUAAAACAGAUACUUUAAAGAUUCCGAUACAUUACAAUGUUAGUCUUCAGUGUUGCCUCUUCCACAAAUUACCUUGGCCAUUCAUGGGCCUCACAUUCUGGUCUACAGAGUCUACAUGUUUGGACAUAUUAAACUUAGCAGUGCACAUGUUAAAGCAUAUUGGCAGGAGUGAUUAGCAGAAAUCACAGAUCUCUGUGUACAGUCUGAGUUCUGCUGAGAACAGGGGUUUCAAUGGCUUACAGUUUAUCAGCCUUCUACUAAUGAAAGCUGUUAGUUGAACUACGGCUCCUAAAAAGCUUUGCUGUGCUUCCUGAUGACACGUACAACUGUAUUAGUACUGCAGGCUAUGCUGUAUAUAAUUAGCAAGAAAGUAUUAUUUUAGAAUCGGGUAGACUCAAACCAGGAGGCAUGGUAGCAUGCUGUGACACAAUUUUAUUUUUGUAAAAACUCUACAAACUUUAGCAUGCAAAAACACAACUAAUUAUUUAUGCCAGAAGCUAUAAAAUGUGUAAGUUUUAUUGUUAUUUAGAGCUCAUCAUAUAUUUAUAUUGUAGGUAGUAUUAUUUGUUAUUAACUUUGAAAAGACAGCAUAUUAACUCAUUUAUGUGUGAUACAGUUAAAAUCUAAAUAUUCAAAAGAUUAAAAAAAUGGAAAUAUCAAAGGGAAUAUAUUAUAUUAUAUAUAUUAUAUUGGUCAAUUUAUGAAUCAAGAAAUGCUUUACACAUUGUGUAGACUACAACUGGGCAAUGGGGGUUUCAUUACUUCAACCCAUGCUUAGUUUAUAAAUAUUGAGGGAGAAAAAAAUAAGAAAAAAAUAAAAUAAAAUGUAUAGAUAUCAGUACUCCAAACUACGUCUAUUGUCCACACCAUCGACAAUUUAGUAAUUACUAUUUAAAACAUUUGCAUGUACCACAAUAUUUUUUCACAGUUCUAGAGAUCUACUUUAUACAUUUUUCAAUGAAGAAUGAAGAAUUUAAGAAAUGUUAGGAUUAUUUGUCAAAUAAUCCAUCGUAAUGUUUUCAAAAUGUUUUCAUUGUUUUACAGAGCUUAUGUACACUGUUGAACUUGCUGGAGGCCUUGGGGCUAUUCUACUGUUGCUUGUUUGUCUUGUCACCAUCUACAAAUGUUAUAAGAUUGAACUUAUGCUGUUCUACAGAAAUCACUUUGGAACAGAGGAACUCGAUGCAGGUAAGACUUAACUGUUUCGAAAAUUGGAGCAUAUCAGAGCUCUCCCUACAUCAGUUUGGAAAACCAGAUGUUGGUAAUCUCUAACUUCUCUUUUGACUUCCGUAAUAUCAUGUAAUAUCAUAGGAGAAUAUUAAACAUAGUUACUAUUAUCUCAAAAUCAUCUUUACAGAAUUUCCUGAAUGUCCCUGGAACCCAUUAUAGACGUCCUGGGUUAUUUACUUGAAUAUAACGCCUUUUGAUUUAAAUUACAGAAAAGGAAGUGCAAGGAAUACUGUAAUAGAAAUGACAGUUGGAGAGAGAUUUUGUCAAGACUGUAGAUAUUAUGGGACUACGAAUUUAUGGGUUAGCAUUACAAUUUAUAGACCUCUUUAGGGAGAUGUCAUUUGUAGACAUAAGGAUCUUUAAUGAACAGUCAUAUGGUGCUGACUUUUUCCACUAUUAUGAGUUUGUGAUGCAUUGAAAGGGUCAUUAUGAAAUAAUAUAUACCUCCUGGUGGUAUGCCUUCCAGAUUUAAUUAAAAUAUUUAAUUUGUGAUAUAUGAAGUGACUUUUCAGCUCUAUUACUUGCUACAUUGCUAUGCUUUUCAACCAAAAUGAUUAAUGAGAAUUAAAAUUGGAUUAUGAUUCCUUAUACUUUUUCCUACAUGUUCUUAGAGCACAAUUCAUAGGGAAACAUAAAACAUGGAGUACAUGAAAUAUAAAGGAUGAAAGAUAUGCCAUUGUUUAUGCAUGUAAAAUGACCUUUUUAUAAACUAGUAUUACCAUAUGUAGACAUCUUGUAUAAAUUGACAGUGUCUGCCAAAUUGAUUUUAAUGAUUGUUCAACACAAUAUUGACAAUUUAAGGAAAACUCUACUAUGGGUAUGUCCACAUUCAUUUUAUUUUGUAUUACUUUACAUAUCCAAAAAGCUGAUAUGAUGUUUACCAUAUUAAUGUAUUUAUAGCAGUUUUAACCCCCUCAGCACUUAUAACAGAACUUACCAUUUUUUGUUUCCAUGUAACCCUUUUAUUGAUGUUUGGCUGUUCCUUGGUAGUAAAUUUUUUCAAGUGUUGGUUAAUGCCAGAUUAAUAUAUUAAUAACAAUAUAGUUUAUUAAAAAAAAAAGAGAGGGGAAAAAGAAACACAAGCAUAAAUAUAACAUUACAAUUUGCUGAACUAUGAAUGACAUUUAAAUCUGUAAUUAUUCACAGUCUUCAUACACAAGUGAUUUGCUAUAGAAGUAUGUUUACAUUAGGGAAUAUAUGUUUAUAUAAAAACAUUAAAGCCAGUUGAAUAUAUACAUCAAAGUAAAAAAAAAAUAUCCUAUGAUAAAAUAAUAACCUUUUUUAUUCUUAAGGGAUGGUACAUGAACAUUUUAAGAUUUCUUAUAUCUUUAUGAAUAAGCUAUAGGAAGCUAUUAUAUUUUAUUUAUAAAGAAUAAAUAUAUUCUGUAAUAAAUAAAAUUGCAUGUCUCUCACAGAAAAAAAUAUUUUAGAUGAAGAUGCCCCAAUAUUUAAUUUAAGUUUUAAGUUAAGUUGAUUUAAUUUAAGUCAAGAGUCUUUUAAAAAAUAUUUUUAGUUAUUUAGAAAAUAGUACCAGCCACUGUCUGUGUAUUGAAAUAAAAUAUUAAAAUAAAUAUGAACAAAUGCUAAGUUUGUAAAUAUUCAAGCUGUAAACAUGUUAACAUGUCAGAAUGAUCCAUUUAACUAUACCACAAUGGAAACUUAAAUACAUUGUCUCUUCAUGAGUUUAAUUUGCGGACAAAAGAGACCAAGAAUUGCAGUAUCCCACAUAAUGAAUAGAGCAGAUAAGGGGGGUCUCGGGGUUCCUAAUAUCAUAAAAUAUUAUGAGGCCAGUAGAAUGUACCACUUGUGGAGAUGGCAGGACCCUAGUUCUAGAGAAGACCCCUGGUAUAAAAUUGAAGCAUUGAUAUGCAAUAAACUAGACCUGGCUAAACAACAAGGCUGGGAAUAGCUUUGUUACAAAAAUUGAAUCCCCACAUUUAAAAGAAUUAUAUUCUAAUUGGAUGAACUAUAAUUAAAAAAAAAAUCAGGAUAAAAUCUCUAAAUAUAGUGCUUUUACAACAAUUGAACACAAUGUUGGAGAUUUCCAGCUGAAGUAUUGGUUAAGAUCUGUCCCACUAAAAUAAUAGAUAUUUUAGAGGGAAAUACAAUGAACUCUUUCCAACAACUACAACAGUAUUUUACCCUCCCUCCUAACGAGAUCGUUACUUACUUAAGAGUAAAAAAUGAUCUGACUUCACAUCUGAUAAUACACACGAAAAGUUAUUAAGUAAAAAAUAAAUAAUGAUUUAUUUAAAAAUGAAACAGAAUUUCAAUCAAUAGCAUACUGAUUUUAAAAUACAUUUUAUAUAACAUGGCUGAUAUAAGAAUUUUAUGCAUUGUCUGUAAACAUGUUUUGUUAAUAUGUCUUUAUCUGUUCCUUUUUGUUUUUUUACGUGAUGUCUUACUGUGAAAAACAAAUAAUACUCUAAUAAAGAAUAUAGUUUCAAAAACAAAACAAAACACUUGAAGACAAAGGUUCAUGAUAGAAUAACUUUAACAUUCCAAGGUUUACAAAAUGAGUUCCAUUAGUUAAGGUAAUAGAAACAUGACACUCCAUUUCCUAUAAACAAAAUCACUAUUUAGUAAAUAUAACCCCAAUGAAAACAUGCAUGCAUUUAAUAAUUGUGGUGUAACCAAGUUAAUUUAUAAAAAUGUCAAUUUGAAUUGAAAUAUGCACUUUUGCCAAAUGAAAAAAACAGGACACACUUUACACAUAUAGCUUUAAACAACUGUCAAUCCAGUUUAGCCUGUACUUGAGUACAUAAUUGUGUUUAGAUCUAGUCACAUAAACAGCUUGAUGUGGAUCAUUUAAAUAAUGUUGUUUAAAAUUGCAUUAUCUAAUCAUAUUUUCAAAUUUAACAAUCUUGGAUACUAUGUUUAUCUUUUGCUAUUUGCUCACAACAGAAUGCUUAUCAAAAAGUAGCUCAGAGGAAAUUUUUUAAAUAGAUAUAUAUUUUAAUGUAGUAAUAUGUUGAUAUUUUCAUGAAUAUAAUUUAUGUAAACAGUUAUAAAAACCAUGCAUUGUUUAAAUACCUGAACUCAUAAAACAAGAAAUAGGAUUGUAGGCCGAAAACUUUACUUAGAUGUUUAAAAAGCAACAGGAAGCAUACUUGCAAAAGCAAAAUAUUGAGGGAAAUAAUUUUUAAAUUAUAGAGUAAUAGCAUCUUGAUCCAAUGAUACAUCUGACUGCCAUUCUGGGGUCGAGACAUUUUUUUCCCCCUGGUUUGUUGCAAUAUUGGAAGUACUUCAAACUGGAUUUUUUGAAUUCUGUGUGAUCAACAACAAAAAACAGAUGUGAGAAAAGCUGAACUUGAUGGACACAUGCCUCUUUUCAGCCUAUGUAACUAUGUAAAUCACUUCUGCUGAAAAGAAAAAAAAAUUCAGACAAACGGCUCGACCACAUUUUGUAUAUGAAAAAUUAUUUGGGAAACCAAAUCAGGUGAACCAAAAGAGUACACAAAUUACCUGACUGGCAUACUGAAAAAUAUAAAUGUAUAUAUUUAGCAGUACAGUGAUAGGUGAAUUUUUCUGCCAUUUAGUUCACAGACCAAGUGAGAAAAAGUCACCAAUAGAGGGAAAAAGAGGAGGAACAGUAAAUAAAAAAAAUUUAUAUUUAUAUAUUUUAUGUUUCUUAACUCCUUAAGGACAAAAAUGGUCGUUAAGGACCGCGAACCUACCAAGUACUUCUGUGGCAAAUAUAUUACUUACCCAAUCGCCACUGUUUCCUAAUAGGCGUUCAUAGUGUUGACAGGCAGUCUCCCUGCUUCUGAUAAAAUAAAAUAAAAUAUGUUAAUAAAAAAAGAAAAUUAUAAAAAUAUAUAUAUAUAUAUAAAUAUAUAUAUGAGAUAUUCAUACAUAUAUUAUAUCUAUAUAUAAUAUGUAUAUAUAUCUUAUAUAUAUAAUGUCAUACUAAGUGUAUUUUUAUAUUAAUAUAUGCAUAUAUUAAUAUAAAAAUACACUUAUAAUUAAAUUACACACGUGUAUAGCAUAAAUAAUAACUAUAUAUAUUGUGUAUAUAUAUAUAUAUAUAUAUAUAUAUAUAUAUAUAUUAUAAAAUAUAAAUAAUAAAUAAAUAAUAAAACUAUAUUUUUAAAAAAUAAUAAAACAAAAUAUGUGUAAUUUUAUUCUUACUGUAUUUUGAUAUGAAUAUAUAUAUAUAUAUAUAUAUAUAUAUAUAUGCAUUGUACAGCGCUACAGAAUUUGUUGGCACUAUAUAAAUCUCCACACGGCAGAUCAGGACCCCGCGGCCACGUGAUCUCUCGAUCACGUGGCCGCAAUAGGUGCCUGUGUAUCUGCCUGCAGGGGGACUGUCUGUGCUGACAGGCAGUCUCCCUGCAAGUGGAAAAUCAAAAAUAAAGUAAAAAAAUAAAGCAAUCAGUGUAAAAAAUAAUAAUAUGUAUAUAUAUCUAUAUUUAACAUAUGUAUAUAUAUCAUAUAUAUAAUGUCAUACUAAGUGUAUUUUUAUAUUUAUAUAUGCAUAUAUUAAUAUAAAAAUACACUUAUAUUUAAAUUACACACGUAUAUAUAUACACAAUAUAUAAUAACUAUAUAUUGUAUAUAUAUAUAUAUAUAUAUAUAUAUAUAUAUUAUAAAUUAUAAAUAAUAUGUUAAUAAAAAUAAACAACAAAAAGUAAAAAUAAUUUUUAAUAAUAAAAAAUUAUAUAUAUAUAUAUAUAUAUGUAAUUUUAUUCUAACAGUAUUUUGAUAUUUAUAUAUAUAUAUAUAUAUAUAUAUCAAAAUACACUUAGAAUGUAAUGAUAUAUAUCUCUAUGUAUAAAUAAAUAAAUAAAAAUAAUACGAAAUAUACAUAUGUCCAUAUACAUACUUACAUAAAUAAUUUCAUAAAUAUACACGUAGACUUCAAAUAUAUAAAUAUGCAUAUAUAUUUAAAUUCUACGUGCAUAUUUAUGUAAUAUUUUUCCAUAACUAAGUAAUUUUAUUGAUUGCAAUUUGAGGGACCUGCCUGACAACCCAGGCUGAAAGUCCAGAGAAUUUAAUUUGCUAGCACUGUAUUUAACCCUAUAACUUUCCAUGACACCCUAAAACCUGUACAUGGGGGGUACUGUUUUACUCGAGGGACUUCUCUGAACAUAAAUAUUAGUGUUUGAAGACAGUAAAACAUAUCACAGUGAUGAUAUUGUCAGUGAAAGUGACGGUUUUUCUUGCAUUUUUCACACACAAACAGCAAUUUCACUGAUGAUAUUGUUGUGAUACAUUUUACUGUUUUGAAACACUAAUAUUUGUGUUCAGUGAAAUCUCCUGAGUAUAACAGUACCCCCAAGUACAGGUUUUAUAGUGCUUUUGAAAGUUACAGGUACAAAUAUAAGGCUUGAUUUUUUAUUUUUUUCACAUUGAAAUUUGCCAGAUUGCUUAUGUUGCCUUUGAGAGCGUAUGGUAGCCCAGGAAUGAGAAUUACCCCCAUGAUGGCAUACUAUUUGCAUAAGAAGACAAGCCAAGGUAUUGCAAAUGGGGUAUGUUCAGUCUUUUUUAGUAGCCACUUAGUCACAAACACUGGCCAAAUUUAGUGUUCAUAAUUGUUUUUGACAUUUUUAACACACAAACAAAUAUAAAUGCUAACUUUGGCCAGUGUUUGUGACAUAUUGAAUACUCUGGGUUGUCUACUUUUAAAAACAUAUGUACAUGUAAGGUGUGAUUCAGAGAUUUAUGACAGAUAACAGUGUUACAAUGUCACUGUUGAUAAAUUAAAAAAAUAUAGAUUUUGAAAGAGCAACGUCCUACUUGUACUUAUAGCCCUAAAACUUGCAAAAGAAAGCUAAGAACAUGUUAAUAUUGGGUAUUUCUAAACUCAGGACAAAAUUUAGAAACUAUUUAGCAUGGGUGUUUUUUGGCGGUUGUAGAUGCAUAACAGAUUUUGGGGGUCAAAAUUAGAAAAAGUGUUUUUUGUCACCAUAUAUUAUAAAAAAAAUUUUUAAUUCUUUAUUUUUGUAGUGCUUAGAAUUACAGACACGCUUAUAUCGCCAUGACAGCAGAUACAAGCUGAUGAAAUAACACAAGAUAUUCAGUAACAUGGCAAGCAUUAACAGCACAAUUUUUUGUAAAGCGGUCAGACUAGGUAGGGCUGUCUAUAACAUUAGUUUCAUCCAGGCUAAUAACUAUGUGGAGUAAAAUAGACAGUUUGAGUAAUCUCAGAAACUUAUAAAGAUUAAACGUAGUUGAAGCCUACGUGAGUAGUGAUGCCUCUAGGGCUGAGUAGGUGUAUGAGCAUCGUUUUGAUAAUAAUGCCGGUUGCCCUAAACCAUAUAUGUAACAGGUGAGAUUAUCAAGGGAGUUGAAUGGCUAAAUAGCAAGAAGCACGGUGUAAGUUGGUUGCAGGCAUAAUCGGUGUGAAUGAGUCAGCUAGUCGACAUGUUGUGUGUGACAUGUGCUUAGGUACAUGUGAUUAUCUACCACUGGGCAUUUAGAUGAGGCAGAGACAAUUCAAAUAAUAAUAAUAAUAAUAAGGCAGCGCGAAAGGAUGACCGUGUCAUUUGCAGCGUUUGUAGCCAAAGGGGUAGGGGAAAUUACUUUCCAAAAUCUUGUUCCCACGGGGUAAGUGAUGACAUGAGACGCCACACGUGCUAGAGGUGGGUGUGUCUGAAACAGAGAUGAAGAAGACGAGCGUGGAGACAAGCUAACCACGCUGAAACUAUCUGGCUGGAUAUGAAACUCGGGAGAUCAUAAUAGUAUUACAGUAAUUCAAACAACACAAGCAAGUACUGACAGUAUAACGAUAUAGCGAACGCAGAGCUCCUUCGGAGGUAAAAACAUUUUCCUUUGGAAGUUACUCUGGACGAGCAUACAUGAGCAUACAAAAAAAAAAAAAAACAGAAAGUCUUUCAAAGGAUUAUUGUAAAGAGGAAAAAUUGUGAGUACCAUAUUGGUCUGAGACAAAGCAUAUACAACAAUUAGUUAUAACUGAAAGCCAUAAUUUUUCAAUGCAUUUACUUAACCGUUAAGAAACGGUCAAAAUUUUGACGAAAGUAAUUUAAUUAAGGCUACAAUUAGGGCAUAUAAUUAAUCUAAUCACCAUAAGGCAGCAAAACUGAUAUUUGACAAUUAAAACACAACAUCAGAAGUUGUCAAUUACUGAGAAAAUAAGAAAGAUUUAAUGAAAUAAGAGAAAGAAAGAAGAAAAAGAAGAUGUAAAGAGAGAAGGGGAGGAAAUAUUAAAAAACUGAAAUAAACCUCUUGAAGAUUUGAAACUUUUUUUAUUUUUAGUCACAAUAAAUAAGGUUGAUUAUGAUUUUAUUAAAGCCCUAUUGUAGUAGCUUCAUUUAAGAAAUAAAAUAGCAACUAGAAAAACUACUACGGAAAAAAAGAAGGAAAUUAAAGCAGUUCAGCCAACAGAAAAGAGGCUAUCUGGCUUUUUUUACAACUCCUUCUAAGAUUCACAGGAACAGAAAAUUGAAUGCUUGACACACCCGGUAAAUACCUCAAAUACUAAUUUGGAAACUCCAACUGUUCAAACGCCAUUACAAUAUCAUGUAACUGUUACAAGCAGUACACAAGAUCAAUUUAAACAAUUGCUGGAGUCACAACUCAACAUAUUAAAACAAGAUAUGCUUAUAAGUUUUAGCGAUAUCAAACAAGAUAUUAAACAAAUUGCAGUAUCAGUGGAAGAAGUGGAAAUAAAUUUGAAAUGUUUGGGACUCAAAUAAGUACAAUUAAGACAACAAUGCAGUCUUUAUCAAACAAAACUGAAAAUCUUGAACAAAAAAUAGCAGCUUUAGAAGAUAGAUCAAGAAAAAGUAACAUAAGCCUCAGAGCCGUGCCUGAAGACAUUACUACAGAAAAAUUAAAAUAUUAUCUAUAUAACUUAUUAAAAGAGGUUCUUCCUGAAAUGUCUACAGUCGACUAUCAAAUAGAAAAUUUUCAUUGAAUUCGUAAACCUAAUAUAAUUGCUUCGCAUCUUCCAAGAGAUGUGAUAGUGAGUUUUUGCUCACUAUCAGUAAAAUAUAAUCUAAUUAAAGCCAGCCGUACAAAACCCCAAACAAAUCUCAUCUACAAAGACAUAUUUUUGUAAGACUUAUCUCAUUUUACUAGGACUUGGAGAAAAUCCUUCUCAACAGUAACAGAUUUCUUAAGGAAAAAAUUACAUCAGAUUUCAAUGGGGCUUCCCAGCAUCUCUAAAAUUUAUUUGGAGACAAGAAAAAAAUAAUAAUAAGGCAGCGCAGUCAUGCAACUCAUAGUCAAUAAACAGUGGGCUAAUGUAAGUUUGAAAAAUGAAGAGAAAAAAUAAAAAAAGAAGCCCAGACUCUGCGCACCUUGGUGAUGCCAGUCUAAGUCAUCCUAUGCCGCUUGGCGGUCUUGUGCAGGGUUCCAGCUGCUCUGCUACCCUGCUAUGAUGUAUCCAGCCACUCUGUACACUCUGUACAAUGCAGGAGGUCUUUGUAACGGUGAGAUUCAAGCCCCAUUCGAUGUACUGCAGGUGGUGGUGUCUACUCCAGGGUAUGUCCGGGCAAGGGUUUGCUUCUUGUUGGUGUCGGCUGAAGUGUUGUGGUGCAGUCUGCCAGGGAUCCCUCGGCCGUGUCCAGUCCUGGAUUGACUCAGUGUACCGCAGUUGUCUCCCAGGUAGGGCUAACUUCGCCUGGUAUUUGCGUGGUAUUUCCGUCUCUCCCCGAUUCUGCCAUCAGUAGGCCGCAGCUGUCCAUCUUGGGCUCCCUUUCACCAACACGCUCGGUUCAGAUAUCGGGCUGAUCACCAGGUCACCCCUGACAUAGGCAGGGCACCCCGGUUUACUUAGUUUCUCGAGUUUGGCGAGUGAUUGUAAGAAAAUCAGCAAGUAGAGCAGGAGCCCAGCUUUCAUGCAUCCGCUCAGCUUGCUGGCUUGAUAUGAUAUGAUGAAAGUAAUGGUACCUUUAGAAAGACCAUUUAAUGGCGAGCAAAAACGGUUUAUAAUAUGUGUGGGUACAGUAAUUGAGUAAGACGAAAAUUACAGCUAAACACAAACACCGCAGAAAUGUAAAAACAACCCUGGUCCUAACGGUAAGAGAAUUGAAAAAUGGUCUGGUCACUAAGGAGUUAAAUGUGUAAUAUAGAAAUAUAGAUUAGUGCUCAUCCUUUUUUCCCCUCUAUUACUCUGUAAAUAAAAACUAAAAUGUAUUGCCUGUCCCCUAGCCAUAAAUCCUCUUUUUUUUCCAAUCAAACAUAUGUUUUUUUGUGCCAUGGAUGGAAUUUCAAAUUAUGAAUCACAACAAGCAUAUAUGACCAUUGCACACUUUGUUUGGUUCAUGAUUCGUCUAAAGUAGCGCUCAAAGUUAGGGAAUUUAUCACCCGAAUGACCAGAAUACACACAAAUUGCAGCUUGUAACAAAACUAAUCUUUAAAUCUAGAGGCUAAUAGUAAGGUGAAGUAGAAUCUUCACCGAUAACCAAGUCAUAAUUGAUCCCUUAAUGCUGCCAUUUUAAGUUAUGCUUGGUUGAGAGUAGUUAAUUAAACACACCAAAUAUCACUCUGCUUUGCUCAGCAGCACAUUAACAUUGUAAUGAUUUCAGCCAUCAUCCAUGGGUGUGGAUGGUGUGUUUAUUCAAUAAAAAACAGGUCAAUUAAGUAUCCUAUAUUUUAGCUUUUAAGAGUAAUUGUGAAUGUGUGGCCGAUGUUAACAUUUUUAUCACAAUGUGUACAUGGUGUAUGGCAAAGGAGAUUGAUUUUCUGUUUUGUGAAAAUUGCUCUGAAUUGAAGAUCACUUAAAAUGGCAGCACUCAGGGAGGGACCAUGUAAUUGAAAAUGUAAAAUUUCCAUUUAGCCUCAAUCUAGAUAUGAUGAAAUAUCAGCAUUGUUGCUGAAACUUGGCACACUAGAUGCGUCCUAUUACAGAUCCUGACUAUAACCGAUGCAAAGCGAUGUUAAAGCUUCUUGAUCCAAGGAGAGACCUAGCUGCCACUCUGAGGUCAAGAAGGAUUUUUUCCUAUUUUAUUGCACAAUUGGAAAGCUUCUCUAAGCUGUUUUUUUUUUUAGUCUUCUUUUGGAUCAACAGAAAAAAAAUUGUAAAAAAAAGGCUGAACUUUAUGGACGCAUUUCUCUUCUAAGCCUAUGUAACUAUGUAACUAUGCAACUGAAGUCUAAAUAAAGGCAAAUGUUCUACUGAUCUGGAAAGAUGUGUUGCAAAUGUAAUAUCCAACUAGAGAAUGCAUGUUUAAGUCUGGCAGUAACAUAAAUGGUGUCCACAAUCAUAAAUGUGCUUAUUAGUGUGAAAAUAUCUCAACUAUUGUUGGGCUUUUUUAAAAAACAGUUACCAGUUUCUGCCUUCUUAAAGUUAUGCAAUGAUCCCUAGAAUACCAUUGGGUAAGAUGAACUGUAAACAUUUUCCUUUGAUACCUUUGAUAUUCUCACUUCUCCCUGGGUGGUAUAUUUAUUCUUAGAUCCUCUACCAGAUGCCUGGGAGUCUAAGGGUUCUGCGCAGUAUUUUAGCUGUUCUUAUAAGUGCACUCUUCUGGACAGCCAUCUCAGAUGUCCCACCUGGAAUCUGUUAACGUCACUCCCCCAACUUGGGAGUCACAGCUCUGAGUACUCCUAUCACAUCUGGGACUUCUACUGCUAUCCCUUUCCACAUGUUCUUUCAGUCCUUGGUAUUUGUCCAUCUUCUCAUGUUCCUUCUUCCUGAUAUUAUUGUCACAGGGUAUUGCCACAUCCACCACCACUGCAGCCUUCUGUUCCUUGGCUAUCACCACAAUGUCAGGCUUGUCUAUCUGGAUCUGGAACUCCCACAGGAUCUUAUCUUAGCCCUGUCAUUCUAAACUAACCUUUGUGGUAUCUCCCAUCUGGACUGGACUCUGUGCAGAUGUUUCAUUACUCAAUCCCAACAACUUGAUUGUGCCUUUCCAUGUAUGCUGUUCCUGCUACCAUCUUGCAACCGGCCACUAUCUGCUGGUUUGUCUCAGAGGCGCAUUUGCACCUUGGGUCUUGCUUAGUGUAGUAGAUUCCCACUUUUAUUGAACUGGUGCUAAGUGUCCCUGGGUGUCUAGGAUUAGUGCCACUGUGCUGUCUUACAGUUCAGCCAUUUCAAACCACUGGUAGGAUUUUGUCACAUAUCCAGUAUCUGCCAGUGGUCCACCCCCGGGAGAGGUUUGUCUUGCCAUUGGACCUCUUUGUUUUCUGCAUACUGUAUCUGUUGAAUUUUCAGGCAUUUUUUUUAGCAGAUCAUCUUUGGGAGCCAUCUCCAUGAUGUACUUGUGGAUGCUCUGUGUUUCAUCCAGGACUGUGACCUUAAUAUUCAUCAGGCCCGACCUCCUUCCGGCUGGUGUACAGUCUCUAAAUGCUUGAUUUUGGGUAGACUCCUCCAGCCAGGGACUGAAAUGGAUUCCUAUGGACUCUAUUUGUGAAUGAUCAAGAAAUUUUCACAAUCUCAUUACUUUCCAUAGACCUUUUUUACUCUGACAUAUCACUCAUAACAAGUGUAGAAGAUCUUAUGACUCUUGGUGACUUCACCGUCUAGGAGCUGAAGACCAGCAUAUUGUGACAUAAGGAUGGAAAGUUUUAGGCACCAGUAACUGAACCAGGCUGUGAGAUAGUUGCAAUAGUCUUACCACUGACUUUUUACUUUGAACCCCCAAGUUAGCAUUCUACAAGCUAGGUGCUAAUUCUAUCUAACUUAACCUGCAGUAGAUAACCCCUAGUGCAUAGUUAAAACUUUUAGGUCUAUAAAUAAUAAUAGUAAUUAGUAGAGGUAUUAGAGAUUACUGAAUGUGAAAAUAAUAAAAUAGCUACAAAGUGAAAUCUUGAAACCCAUUCAAUCCAUAACCCAAAGUUGGAUUAUAAUUAUUUAAUGUGUGUUAUUGAAAGCAUGUGCAUUUUAGCUUGAGCUUGAGUAUUUUUUAUAUACAGACUAAUAUUAGAAGUAUCUAAUUAAGUGUGAGUAACAUUUUUCCACCAGUUCAAAGAUGAUUUAAUAACAGAUCUUUUAUUUUUAGUUGCUUUAAAAAGAGUUUAAUUUUCAGAAUCAGCAGGGGAAAUUAUUAUGAUGCAACAUCCAAGAGCAAAACAAAUAAAUGCUAAUAAAAAGAUUUCCUUCAUGUUAGCAAUCACAUACUGUUCUUGUGAGAAAGAUAGGCAUUGUACCUAUAAAUGGAAACUGUAUGAAUGCUUUGUAAUUGCUGCUAGAUUACCCCCAACUGAGUAGAUGUAAUCCCAUUUUCAAUUAAAAUGCUUAAACUGUUUCAGCCCUCUCUCUGUGUAUCAGUAAAAGGUAUAAAACAAUUAACAGCAUGGUGGCCAAUCACGAUGUGAUGUUUUGGUGUUUGUAGUCAUAACUGAACUGAAAAAAGAUCAUCAGUACUGGAAGAUUAUAUAAUUAAACAUCUGUUAUAAUGUAAAAGCCCAGAUAGAAAAUGAAUAAUAAAACUUUGUUGUGGCAUUGUGGUCAUUGCUAGGUACCACCUCUCCCACAUAUACUGACUUAAAGGGCUACUCCGGUCACCAUGAAUACUGGUUUUAGUGUUUCAGCCAGGUGACGUGCUUUGUUUGCCUGGGGAAGAAAUAGCAGCAGCAGGCCAGUGGAGGUAGUGUUAUGCUAUGGGAAAUGAUCUGCCGUUCGGGCAUUCAUGUAGAUGUUACUUUAACACAUACCACCUACAGGAUAUUGCUGCAUAACACAUACACCCUUCAUGGCAAUAGUGUACCAUGAUAGCAGUAGCCUUUUUUAGCAGGAUAAUGCAUUCUGCCACACUGUAAAAAUUGUUCAGGAAUGGAAACAUAACAAAGAGUUCAAGGUGUCGCCUUCUCCUCCAAAUUCCCCAGGUCUCAAUCCAAUUAAGCAUUUGUGGGUUGUGCUGGAACAACUUUUCCAGCUCUCUACUUUCUCUCAUGCAGAUAUACCCUUGUGGAAUAUUUCUGACUCAGUAUUUUAAGAUUUUUUAAAAUUAUUUAAUGUUAUUGAUUUUGAUGUGAAUAGAAGUUCAUACAUUUUUUAAUAUCAACUUCUAUAAGCAUAUUUUUUGACACAAAUGGACACUUUUCAAAUAUCAAUUGGAUACUAAAGCAUAACAACUCAGGAUACAUUUUUUGUUUUUUACAGUUAUAUACAUUUUUUGGCAGCUAUCCAAGUUUGCUGCUUUGGACUAUCAAUCAGGGUGUUAGUCUGCUAUACUAACAAGCCCAAUCUGAUUUAAAUUUAUUGUUUUUUACAAAUUCUCAUUGCCCCUUUUUUAUCUCCUUUUUUCUUUUCUUCUUUUCUCUAUGUUAAGACCUUCUCAUAUGAAUGUAAAUUAAAUUCAUAUUAACCUUGCUUAACCUUGCAAAGAAUAUCUUUGCAAGUUAGAGGCUUUUAUGAUACAUUGUAUUCUCUCCUUUGUUUUGGACUGAUCUGAUGUGCAAUUCACUAUUUGGACUUUCUGGAAUAGGACUAUUAUUAAGUUCUUUUGGUUUUCCAAUUUUUGUGAUUAUUUUAACAAUACAUGUGCUAAUAUCAUUGUUAAUAUAAGCUCCUGGAUACUCUUUUAAUUUAUUUAUUUGUAUAUGUGAAUAUGAUUUGAUGAGAUCCUGUCUUUCCAGUUUAAGAGCUUUAUCUAACUAAUUAUUUGUCUUAUAGCUUCUUAUCUAUUUUCUAAUAGCCAAAAUAGUUUUCUGACUAUUAGGAUUUAAUUUUAUUACAUGUACAGGCCUGUCUGAAGCUUGCCAAUAAACAUCUGAAUGAUUCAAAGGAGAACUGGGUGAAAGUGUUGUGGUCAAAUGGGACCAAAAUCAAGCUCUUUGGUAUCAACUCAAUUUGCCGUGUUUAAAGGAGGAGGAAUGCUGCCUAUUACACCAAGAACAUCAUCUCCAGCAUCAAACAUGGGGGUGAAAACAUUAUGCUUUGGGGGUGUUUUUCUGCUAAGGAGACAGGACAACUGCACUGCAUCAAAGGAUCAAUGGACGGGCCAUGUACCAUCAAAUCUUGCGUGAGAACCUCCUUCCCUCAGCCAGGGCAUUAAAAUGGGUCGUGGAUGGGUAUUCCAUCAUGUCAAUGGCCCAGAACACACAGUCAAGGCAACAAAAGAGCGGCUCAAGAAGAAGCACAUUAAGAUCUUGGAGUGGCCUAGCCAGUCUCCAGACCUUAAUUCCAUAGAAAAUCUGUGGAGCGAGCUGAAGGUUCAAGUUGACAAACAACAGCCUCAAAACCUUAAUGACUUGGAGAGGAUCUGCAAAGAGGAGUGAGAAAAAAAUCCCUCCUGAGAUGUGUGCAAACCUGGUGGCCACCUACAAGAAACAUCUGACCUAUGUGAUUGACAAGAAGGGUUUUGCUAAGUUUAAGGGGUCAAAUACUUAUUUCACUCUAAUAUAUAUAUAUAUAUAUAUAUAUAUAUAUAUAUAUAUAUGUAUAUAUCCAGCCAUCUUGGUGGUCAGGCCCCGCCCCCUCACUGUAACUUCUUUGACAUGCUUUUUCUGGAUUUUUUUUAUUUUUUAUUCUGUCUCUCACUGUUAAAAUACACCUACCAUUAAAAUUAUACACCCUGUUACAAAUUAUUAUGCAAAUUAUUUUUCUUAUUUACCUAAAUAAUUGAUGCAAAUAACAGUCAGCAUAAUUCUCAUGUUAUCAACUAUCAAGAGUACAAUUCACAUUUUAUUGAACAAACCUCCUAAUGAUAACAGUAUCAAAACACUUUAUAGGUUGUAAAGAACUGAAAAUUGUCAUUUGUUGUGUUUGCAGCAUAUUUACUGAAAUCAAAAGCUAUUUCAAUCAAACUUAUAACAACAUUUUAACUUUUUAAACAUUUUAACAGGCCAUGUUACAUUUUAACAUAGGACUCAUUAUUUGAUAGCAGCUUUACAAGUCUUGCAUCCAUUGAACUUGUGAGUUUUUGGACAGUUCUGCUUGAAUUUGUUUGCAAGAUGUCAGAAUAGCCUCCCAUAGCUGCUGUUUGGAUGUGAACUGCCUCCCACCAUCAUAGAUCUUUUGCUUGAGGAUGCUCCAAAGGUUCUCAAUAGGAUUGAGGUCAGGGGAGGAUGGAGGCCACACCAUGAUUUUCUCUCCUUUUAUCCCCAUAUCAGGCAUUGAUGCAGAGGUAUUCUUUGCAGCAUGAGAUGGUGCAUUGUCAUGCAUGAAGAUGAUUUUAUUACAGAAAGCAUAGUUUUUCCUUCUGUACCAGGGAAGAAAGUGGUUAGUCAGAAACUCCACAUACUUUGCAGAGGUCAUCUUUACACCUUCGGGGACCCUAAAGGGGCUGACCAGCUCUCUUGCCAUAAUUCCGGCCCAAAAUAUGACUCCACCACCGCCUUGCUGACAUAGCAGCCUUGUUGGAACAGGGUGGACGUCCACCAAACAUCCACUACUCCAACCAUCUGGACCAUCCAGGGUUGCACAGCACUCAUCAGUGAACAGGACUGUUUGAAAAUUAGCCUUCAUGUAUUUUUCUGCCCAAAGCAACCAUUUCUGCUUGUGAGCAUUGGUUAGUGGUGGCUGAAUAGAAGGUUUAUGCAAAGAUGCAAGACUCUGGAGGACUCUACACCUUGAUGUCCGUGGGACUCCAGAGGCACCAGCAGCUUUAAAUAUCUGUUUGCUAUUAUGUAAUGGUAUUUUAGCAGCUGCUCUCUUGAUCGGAUGCAUGAAUCUGGCAGAAAUCUUGCUCAAUGGGCCUUUAUCUGCACAAACCCGUCUGUGCUCGGAAUCAGCCACAAAUCUCUUAAUAGUGCGAUGAUCACAAUUACAUUUUUGUGAAAUAUCUAAUAUUUUCAUACCUCGUCCAAGGCAUUGAACUAUUUCACUCUUUUCAUCAGCAGAGAGAUCCUUUUUCUUCCCCAUACUGCAUGAAAAUGGUGCUCUGCUUAAUUGCGCUAUGCUUUCCUAUGGACGUCCAGCAUCUUCUCACUGUGAUUUUCACAGUGAGAAUCACGGAAGCCCCUUUUGCGGCUGUCAGUGAGAGAGGUACUAGAGGCUGGAUUAACCCUCAGUGAAACAUAGCAGUUAAAACUAGAGGGACCUGGCACCCAAACCACUUCAUUGAGCUGAAGUGAUCUGAGUGCCUAUAGUGAUCCUUUAAGUGUAUGUAUCUGCCUUAUCGAAGUCUCCCUGUGCUUUGUACAAACAAACAGGACUCAUACUCAAGGUUAGUAUUUACAUAUGUACAUAUACAUCAUUGCAAGAGACAAGCCCCAGUAGUUUAGAAAACUGGCUCCUAGGGUUAGGUGCUGGCCGUAGCUAUCAAAUUAAUACCUGGUCUACACCCCCACCUCAUCCACGGAGGUUCGGCCCACGACCAAAAUCAUAGUUAGCCACCUCGCUCGCCCAUCUUCUGGGCUAUAGCUAGGGCUUCCCAAGUCGAGGCCACACGUUUUGACUCUCUUUAUGGUCACCGAGAGGCCUACACCCCGCCACCACGUGCAUGUGGUCAAAAAAUCCCCUCGGGCCAAAUCAUAGGUAGAGCCUCUCCCCACCACUUGGCACUAGCAGGGCCUCACCUGUCACUUGGUCUAGGUAAAUUCUUUGCCUCGGCACUAGCUAGCAGGCCAGUUCUCCGGAGGUCUCACUUUCACCUCCUCUUCACUCUACUUAUUCAAAGCGUUUUUCCUUUUUUUUUCAGAUGUCACAAGAACCGAUCACCGAUCUACCAUCGGAUAACAUACCCAGCGCGCCACUCAGGCCUAGGUCUCCGGAUAAAUCCCUCACCCCUUUCACCCACACGUACAUGAGAUACUGGACCAUUCCAAAAAUCUCAGCGGAACUCAGAAGCAGGGGUAUCUCCUUUCCUGCCUCCGCCAGAAAGGCAGAACUGUACCGACUAAUGACCUCUCAGGCCAACGUUUCCAGGCCAGGCUGUAGUUCACAAAUCUUGCCAGCUCACACUUCAGAUUCCACACGAGACACCCUGGUAGCUAUACUCACCAACCUCCAAAUAAUCAAUCACAGACUAGUGAAACUUGAAUCCGCUAUAGCCUCUCCAGGUGCCUCGUUAGGCUUGGCAAACCUUCCCCUGAUGGUCUCAGCCAUAUCCACUCCUUAUGUUUCCCCUGUCCACCCUGUCCCAGGGUCCAUCAGAAUGGGCGUUCCCAAGGGUAAAAAUGUUAACACCAUGGCCCUACUGCUGACCUCCCAAACUAUGCUCACUUGCACGACAGACACUUAAACGUCUCACCAACCCCUCACCCCACACGCUAGUCAGGGUGGCGGGCGGAGAGAUGUGCCGGACAGGCCCAUUUCAUUUCUGGGCGGGUGUGUAUUGACUUUAAUGCAAGGGUAUGUAAUCUCACGACAUGCGGGGCACUGCACAUCUGCUCCAUAUGCUUCAGAGUCCACACCAAGUCCACUUGCCCAGCCCUUCUGUCACCUAAGAAACGCCUGACCGAGGUUAACAUUGACAUCCUAGAAUACUAUCUCCAGUCACAUCCAGCUAGGCACCUGGUAGAUUAUCUGGUGACGGGUUUUUCUCAGGGGUUUCACACCUUCUGUCUACUGAAAUCACAGCCGGCUUUAUGAUCAGCCCUUUUCUGUCUUCACCUUUCUCAUCUUGGCGUACCAAUCCCAUCGGUACAGCCAUUCAUGAAUACUCCAACAAAAAAUGUUUAACUAUCGAUCUCUCUGCACCUCAUUCUUCCUCCACUCCCAGUAUCAACUCCCUCAUUCUCGCCACUGUAAUGGCUGUAACUGUCAUUCUCACUACAAUAUGCUAAAAUUGAUGAUGCCAUGUAAGCCAUCUUAUUAGCGGGUAGUGGGGCUUGGUUAAGCAAAACAGAUAUAACCAACGCUUUCAAACUACUACCUAUUCACCCCUCACUAUAGCACUUACACGGUGUUAAAUGGAGGAACAGGUAUUUUUUCUCCACCUGGCUCACCUUUGGCUCUAGGAGCAGCCCCAAGUUAUUUGAUAUCUUCACAGAAACCCUCUGCUGGCUGCUCCUAAAUAUACUCAGGUGCCCCUCUGUCAUCCACUACCUAGAUGAUUUUCUAUUAAUAGAACCAGGUUCACAAUCCCCUCACUGCAUACAUUCCACCACAGCUUUUAUCUUGACACUCGGGGUCCCCUUGUCAUGAAGCAAAACAAUCGGUCCCUCCACCACGCUUGUUUUCUUCGGCAUAGUUCGCGACACCACUACCUUCCAAGCCAGUUUACCACCAGAUUAACUGUCCCACAUCAGGAACGAGAUUGUCCUGUUCCCGCGGAGUGUUACGUGCACUAGGAGGGGCCUCCAGUCCUUAUUUGGGUCCCUCAACUUUGCUAUGCGUAUCAUUCCACAGGGGACGUCUUUUGUCUCCAGGCUUCUCAAUUUGCUCCACGGUGUGCCCGACUCCUGCCCAGUCAUUUUGGAUGACCCGACAACGGCGAAUUUACACAUGUGGAGUAGGUUUCUUGCUGAUUGGAAUGGGAUCUCUUUGUUAAUUUUCCCACUUUCAGAGCAUUCACCUUCAAUUUACACAGACGCAGCGGCACACACAGGGUUCGCAGCCCUCUACGGCAAUCACUGGUUUAGGGACAACUGGCCCCCAGAGACGGAUGCCUUGCCGGCCUUUAGAGAAUCAUCUACUUUAUUUGAGAUCUACCCCAUCGUAGCGACCGCCCACACUUGGGGUCAUCUUUGGACUGGCAAGGCAGUUAGAUGCUUCUCUGACAACUCCGCAGCCUGCGACAUCAUUAACAAAGGUCAGUCCUCCUCUCUAACGAUUAUGAGGCUGAUUCGCAGGCUGACGUGGUUGGCAGCUACCUCUCAGUUCUUCCUAGUCUGUAUCCACACUCCUGGUGUCCACAACACAGCAGCUGACGCCCUUUCAUGCUCCCAAUUUAAUAUCUUCUUUCAGGCACUCCCCACGGCCCACCACUUCCCAUCUAGGAUUCCACCAUUCCACGAGCUAAUCUGGGACUAAGCACAUGCACCUCGCACAGGUACGCACACCUCACACAGGUUCAUGACUUUCCCUUCACGUACGCCAGGGCUUUGUGUAUUGCACCAUGUCACAAAAAGAAGUUUGCUUAGAUCCAAGACUUUCACUGUUAUAAUCAUGGUAAUUUUUUUUUCGCUAAACCAAGCUUCUUUCUUAAAACCUCCUAUGCUGUCACUCAGCUGUUACGUCUCCAAAGUCAAACACUUACAAUCAUUCCUCAAUCCAUCUCAUUACGUCUAAACCUUCCACUAAGCUUGAGCAUUGUGUCUCCUCCGCUGGUAUCUCUCUAGCAAGCACUACAGCAGCAGCUUCAAACACUUACACCCCAGUCUACAUCUCAAAGCGAUGGGGUCACAAGUAAACAUCAGCUCAGGUACUUACAUACCUCAACCAGAAUAAAGCUUUUUACAAGCUUUUGUUACUCAUGCUGUAUUAACUUGCAAUAAAGUGUGUUUUUCUUUGAAUCCUCUUUUGCCCUCUUUUUACAGGCCUACUCGUACGUUGGUUUCGGCACACCUCAACCAACUUUGCAUCCUCUUCUACAUUCUACAUUCCAUUACGUAUUAGAUAAAUUCUGAGCACAAGUUGGAAGGCCAUUUGGCCUGAAUUUGUGGGAGGAGUUAUGACUCUAUAUAAACCCUACCCCCCUACUUACCUUUGUCUUGCAAGCCGUUUGUCCCCACCCACCUACACCCAUCUAUAUUAACAAUUCACCUUUGUGGGCCCUCUUUUUACAGGCCUACUCGUACGUUGGUUUCAGCACACCUCAACCAACUUUGCUUCCUCUUCUACAUUCUACAUUCCAUUACGUAUUAGACACAUUCCGAGCACAAAUAUAUAUAUAUAUAUAUAUAUAUAUAUAUUGUAAAUAAUGUCUGUUAAAAAAAUGUCUGUUAUAUAAAUAUAUUUGGGCUAAUAUCUACAAAUCCAUUUUUUCACAAAAUCCAGUUGUCAUUUCAUUCUUGUGUUACCUGCAGGGAACACACUAUAUCCAGCAUCAGCUACUGUAAUUUUGACAAUUAUAAAGUACUUUAUAUAAAUUCCUGUUGCUAGAAUUCUAACUUCGUAAAAAAAGAAAAUGCAAAGAUGUAUUAAACUUCUUCUUCUUAUAUUUAUAAAUUAUUUCAGAGUGAAAUAAAAAUGUACACACUCUAAUAGGCAUACCUUGCUAAUGCACCUUCUAACUAGGCCAGCAAUUGCUGUUGUAUUUAAAGUGAUCAAAAGUAGAGAGCAAAAAUAUUACAGGUUGAUUGAUAUUGUUUCUCACAGCCCGGGGUGGACUGAGCACUUGGGCAAAUCAGUCAUGCACCGAGUCUCUAGGGGUCCUGCCCCUGUUGAGGUGCAGCAAUUUCUGAUCUGGGGAGUUCAGCAAGUUCCCCAGCGAGCCUGAACUCAGUAAGGGGCCCGCACAGCCUUCUGCGGGCCCCUACUGUUAGAAAUAUGCUGCGCCAUGCAGGGCACACUGAGGGACAGCUAAGGGGCCUUCCUAAAGACCCCUCUAAGCUCCCUCUCAGUGUGCCUGUCUCAGUGUAACACUACUCAGGGCAGCUACGGCUUGUUCUGCAGGAACGUGAUUAGGCACAGUGCAGAGUAAACUGUGCAGAGCUGCCCUGGGCAGUGUUACAAGCAACAUGUCUGAGAAACCUUCAGAAGAGAAUUUUGGCACCACCAGGGAGGUAAGAGUUGGAGAAGGGGGAUUUAUUUUUUUAAUCAUUUUAAAAAAAACUUUUAUACAUAUUUUAAUUUUAAUAAUCUCCCCCACUACUGCCCCAUCACAGCCCUUAUACCCUCAAACCCCCUAUAACUCCUCACACCAACUCCUAUCCUCCCAAGGCCUCUACACCCUCUGCAGCCCCUACCCCCUGCAGCCUCUACCCCCUGCUCUCCAUUAUCCUCCAGCUCUCCCCACCUUCUGCUCUCCCCCUGCAGCCCCUACCCCCUGCUCCACCUGCAGCCUCUACUCCCUGCUCCUUCUGCAACUCCAACCUCCCUGCUCCCCCUGCAACCUCUACCCCUUGCUCCCUCUGCAGUCCCAACCCCCUGCUCUUUCUGCAGCCCUUACCCCCUGCUCCUUCUGAAGCCCCUACCCCCUGAUCCCUAUGAAGCCCCUACUCCCAUGCUCCCUCUGCAGCCCCCAGCCCCCUGAAGCUCCUACCCCCCUGCUCCCACUACAGUUCCUACCCCGUUGCAGUCCCAUAUCCCCUUACAACUACAUACCAGCUUCCUUCCUCUGCAGUCCUUACCCUCUUGCUCCCUCUGCAGCCCCUACACCCUUGCUCCCUCUGCAGCCCCUACCCUCUGCAGCCCCUACCCCUUCUCCUUCUGCAGCCCCUAACCCCUGCUCCUUCUGCAGUCUCUACUCCCCUGCAGCCCCAACACCCUGCUCCUUCUGCAGCCCCAUCCCUGCUCUCUCUGCAGCUCCCUAUGCAGCCCCUAACCCCUUGAAGCCCCUACCCCUUGCUCCCACAGCAGCUCCUACCCCCUUGCAAGCCCAUAACCCUUGCUCCCUCUACAGUCCCUACUCCUUUGCUCCUUCUGUAGCUCCUACCCUCUUGCACCCUCUGCAGUUUCCACCCCCUUACUCCCUCUGCCGCCCCUUCCCACUUGCUCCCUCUGCAGCCCCUACCCCCUGCAUCUACUAAAGCACCACUUGUACAUCUGCACUCACAACAGCCCCUUCACUUACUAAAGCUCCUAUUUCCCCCUGCAAUCACAACAGCUCCUUUACCAUCUGCACCCACUACAGCCUCUAUUCCCCCCAGCACCCUUUACAACCCCUAUCCCCUAUCACCCUCUACAGUCCCUCCCCUCUGCAGCCCCUUUCCCCCUGCAAACUCUACAGCCUCUUCCUUCCGGCACCCUCUACAGUCCCUACCCCUUUGCAUGCACAAGCAUAAAGGAACACUAUAGUUACCAGAAGAACUAAAGCUUAAUGUAGUUGUUCUGGUGAGUAUAGCCUGCCCCUGUAGGGGUUUGCUGUAAACACCGCCUUUUCAGUUAAAAGACAGUGUUUACAUUGCUGCCUAGGAACACCUUGGUGCUUCCUGUGUCAGUGUUGCAAAAUGUGCAACACUGGCAUUCUGCAUCUCCACGCUUUGCAUGGAGAAGCACUGAUUCAAUGCAUCUGUAUGAGGAGAUGAUGAUUGGCACAGCGUAGCUUUUUGCCGCACAUGCAUAAUCGCCUUCCAGUGCUUUCCUAUGGUAAAACAUUGGAUUAGCUGAGUUAAUCUAAACUGGUGAACUCCGCCAAAGAGGCAGAGCAGGGGCUGUCCAACCAUGCAUUUGGUCAGUGCUGGAAAAAAGGUGAGUAAAUGACUUUUUUAAGGACCGGCCUAUAAACCUUUAGUGUCAGGAAUACACAUCUGUAUUCCCGACACUAGAGUGUUCCUUUAAGUUGUCUCGUAACACUUAACACUUGGUUUGUAAUUUAAGACGCAAAAUUUGGAGGCCUGUGUACUUCAUACAAACACACUGACACAAUUCACAAAUACCCCCUUAUACAUAUUGCCAUGCUACACAAACACACAUAAAACAAAUACAACCCUGUUUACCAUACCAAAUACAGCCAAAAACAUGUGUUCAGAUAUACUCUGAAUCCACAUAUCCUGACACUAUACACAAAGACAUACAUUUAUUUAAAUUUACAUGUAUUAUAUCCUGUAUAAAAAGGAAAUGAAGAAUGAACUGUACCUUCGUUUAGACAGCUGUUGUGGCUCUAUGUCGCAGGAACAGUUAGGUAGGUGCUCUGAGCCACCGCCAUCUUGGGCUGAGGGCCUUGCGUGUCCAGCACCCUUUAGUCAGCUCGGAGGUUGACUUGAGUUUGCUCCAGUGUGGACCGGGAUAAUUGUUAAGGCUUUUCUUAUGUAAAGCCCAUACUUUAAAAGACCUUAGCAGUACUGAUAUAGUAUACAGGAACUCUAAUCUUUAAAGGAACACUGUAGGCACCUAAACCACUUCAGCUCACUGAAGUGGUCUGGGUGCAAUGUCCCUUGUCCCUUAACUCAAUAGUGAUAUUAUAGUUUCUGAGAAACUGCAAUAAUUGCCAUUCAGGGUUAACUCCACCUCUAGUGGCUGUCUACUAGACAGCCACUAGAGGGACUUCCGCGUGCUUAGAUGACCUUUGGUCAUCUAAAUGAUGCUGGACGUCCUCACACUAUGCAUAAGGACUUCCAGCGUCACCGGAGUCACAAUAACAUGCGCAUUAGGUCUCACCCUCCAGCUGCCGUCAGUGGGGGAAGAUUGUGGGUGGAGCCUGAUCCAGUGACAAGGAACAUCAGCGCUCGGAUUUAGGUAAGUCAGUGCUACAUGAGGGGGGCUUGAGGGAGGGGGCUCUGUAAAAAUGUAUAGUGCCAGUAAAACGGCUUUGUUUUACUGGCACUAUGGAAUCCCUUAAAAACUGUACUCUUCUGGACAAAAUCAUAUUGUAUUCUAAUAGUUUCCCUUUUUUUUUAUAUCAUUUUUAGCAUAAUACAAAACGAGAACCUGCAAGGUCAGAGGGGGCUCUGUAGAAACGUAUAGUGCCAGGAAAACGGCUUUGUUUUACUGGCACUAUGGAAUCCCUUAAAAACUGUACUCUUCUGGACAAAAUCAUAUUGUAUUCAAAUAGUUUCCCUUUUUUUAUAUCGUUUUUAGCAUAAUACAAAACGAGAACCUGCAAGGUCAGAGGUAUUAGAGUGUUUAUCUUUUCUGAAAGUUACAACAUAGUCAUCAAGAUUAUGCUAUAUUUCAUAGAACACAGGUAUUGUAGAGACUCAUACAACAGGUUCUUGGAUGUAAACAUACACUGAAUAAAAUUAUAAACGCAACACUUUUGUUUUUGCCCCCAUUUUUCAUGAGCUGAACUCAAAGAUAUAAGACUUUUUCUAUGUACACAAAAUGCCUAUUUCUCUCCAAUAUAGUUCACAAAGCUGUCUAAAUCUGUGUUAGUGAGCACUUCUCUUGCCGAGAUAAUCAAUCCACCUCACAGAUGUGGAAUAUCAAGAUGCUGAUGAGACAGCAUGAUUAUUGCACAGGUGUGCCUUAGGCAAAAAGUGUUGUGUUUAUUAUUUUGCCCAUGUCAUAAAGGCAGUGUGCCCAAGAUAGUAUUUUAAUGUUGGUAUUGAUUAACAAAAUGGGGUAGUAGUUGCUACAGCUGAUGCAGGUCCUUGCCUGGUUUUGGAAUUAGUGUUAUUGUUUACCCAAGCACUGGAGUGGGAACGUGGAUCCCAUCAGAUAUGGUAUUUAAUAUUUUGAGCAUAUGUGGGCUUAAUGUUCGGACAAAGACUUUGAGGUACUUAUUAGUAUAGUCAUCUAGUCCUGGACUUUUCCCAUUAGGUGAUUGCUUAAUAUUAUUGAGGCAUUCGUCAGGCAUGAUGGGUACGUCCAGUAUGAGUUAGGAUUGUGUUUUGUAUGUCAGACUCAAGGUAUGAGUGGAGUCUGUGUUGGUCACUCUGGUCUGGUGUUAUUUUGCAUAGGUCUGAGUAGUAUGCAUGGAAGGCUUUCACUAUGGACUCAGCAUUGUGCAUUGUCUUACCUGUUUUAUCUCUGAUUUGUUUUCAGUAAAGGAAUGUUGGGGCUCAUGCGGGCAUGGCUCUGCACUUGUUGUCUUGGCAUAAUAUGAGUGUUUGGUCAUCAGAAUCUGCUUUUUGGCUAUAUGGUACAAGAGCUGCUUCAAAUGAGAUCUAGCCAUGAUAAGUAGGGAUGUGCAUGGGGAAAAUAUUCGGUUCUGCUUGGCAUUCUGAAUUUCGGGACUUCUGCACUUCAGAACUUCGGACUUUGGCACUUCGUUUCAGUUCAGCACUUUGGAACUUUGGCACUUCAACACUUCGGAACUUUGGCACUUCGGAACUUCGGGACUUUGGAUAUGUUCUCUUGCAGCACCUUAGUAGAUAACUCCCUAAUUCCCACGGUAUUAGGGAGCUAUCUACCAAAAGGCUGAAAGACCUAAAUUGGUCUUUCAGUUAAAUUUACUAAUACUAAGUAAAUUCUGCCCCUACUCGCUAUACCGUGAGUAGAGGCAUGUCUAGUAUACAGUGAUCCUGUGGCUGCUCACUGUUAAAAAAACCAAAGAAAACCCCCCAAGUGUCCCCCCUCCCAAGCCCCCACCCGUGCCCUGAGCUGCAGGUGGGGGUCCAAAAUUAGAAUAAGGGGGGGACCUAUUGUCCUCCCCCCGGCCCCCACCCCUGAGUUGUGGGUGGGGCCCAAAUACUAAUAUGAGGGGAGACGUAUUGUCCUCCCCCCCAGCCUCCACCACUGAGCGGCGGGUGGGGGCCCUAAAUACCAAUAUGGGGGGGACCUACUGUCCUCACCCCAGCCCCCGCCUGCUGAGCGGCAGAUGUGGGGCCCUAAAUACCAAUAUGGGUCCUCGUUCCCAGCCCCCACCCCUGAGUGGCAUGUGAGGGCCCUAAAUUAGAAUAAGGGGGGGACCUAUUGUCCUCCCCCCGGGCCCCCACCCCUGAGUGAUGGGUGGGGGCCCUAAAUUGGAAUGGGGGACCUAUUGUUCUCUCUCCCCAGCACCCUCCCCUGAGCGGCCCUAAACAAAAAUGUUCACCCCCCCAGGUGACUAGGGGUCCCAAAAUCCCUAAUCGCCCAUCUCCCCAAAAAAAUGAAUAAACCCCUCCCUACCCCCCUCAACCUAAAAAUAGUGAGGGAGGAACAAUAACUAAGUACCUGUAAAUAAAGAAAUAAAACUUACCAUUUGAUGUCUUCUUUUUUCUAAAAUCUUCUUUUGACAGCCCCAAAAAAGGCCACAUAAAAAACCAUAAUACCCAUCGCACUUUGAAAAAAAAAGAAAACAAAAAACAGAAUGCAAAAAAAACCCUGAAGAAAAAAAAACCCCUGAUGCUGAAAAAGUAAUCCAUAUUCACCCAUGGAGGGCACCGUGCAAACUGAGCUCCACAGGGCAGGGGAAGGCUUAUACAGCCUUGCCCCACCCUGCAAUUAGGCUCAGAGCUCUCUGAUUGGUUGGUUCUUUGGAAUUUUCCCAGUCUGUGUAAUUUGACUCAUAACAACCCUCUGAUUGGUUGAUUGAAACCAACCAAUCAGAGAGUUCUGAGUCAAAUUACACAGCGGUUGGUGGUUGUGGAUGUUCCUGUUUGGUGGCAGAGCUCUGAAAUAGUGCUAUCAUGCACUGUUACAGCUAGCCACUCUCCAAUAUAUUUUUUAAUUUAAUUUGCCUAUUUUAAGAAAAUGAUAGUUUGUCAAUUGAUAGAACCAAUGAGCCUAUUCUAAAAUAUGAAAGUUCCAUUUACUUAGAAUCAAAAAGAUUCUUUAUUUUACAGUAUACUCUUUAUCAGAAAAUGAGAUAGUGAAAAAGUCCUGCACAGUAUAAUAUUCAAUGAAGAUUCUUUUAUAAGCACUGCAUAGUCUAAUGCUUUUUAGAGAGUUAGUAGAAGGUUAACAUUUCAUUACUCUUUUUAUUGAUUUAGCUGUACUUUCUUCACCACAAUAAUCAACAUGUGACCUCUUCUUCCUGGGAAUUAGAUCUAGCACACUUGGUGAUAUUGACCUCCUAAUGAAAAUUAAUGAAUGCCUUUUUUCCUCUAAACCAAAAGAAUUUAGUAAUUUGUAAAGAAGAGAUUUAUUUCUCUUCUGUAGUAAUUAAACUGAAUGUCUUAAAGAAGAAUGUGAAGAAUUCUAAAAACUGCAAAAUUGUGAAUUAAAAAAAAAAAAUACAAAAUAAAAUUAGGAGCUAUUCAGCCUAAGGAGAUUUUUAGCAUAAUUAGUAUGAAUGAAUAUUUCCAAAAUUAAUAAAAUAUAAUUUGUAGAAAUAUAGCAUUUUUGACAGGUAAUUUUAAUUUGUUUACUGUUUGACCUUCAGCUGUCAGGGUAUAAACAUAUUCUAAUCAUAGACUUGUGUGCUUUUGUCUUUUUCUUGUCUUUUUCAUUUUUAACCCCUUAAGGACAGGCCUGUUUUUGCGAUGUUGUACAGAGCAGUUUUGACACUUUUGUGGUGUUUGUGUUUAGCUGUAAUUUUCCUCUUUCUCAUUUACAGUUCCCAUACUAGUUAUAUAUUGUUUUUUUCAGGACAAGAAGGGCUUUCUUUACAUACCAUUAUUUGUAUCAUAUAAUGAUACAAAUAAUAAAAAUAUGAAAUCCAUUUAUUUUUUACAAAUAAAUAAAAUAUGGUGAAAAAUGUAAAAAAAAACAUGUUUUUGGACUUUUACUUGAAAAAUCAUUUACUUAUCUACAAAAGCGAAUGAAAAAAACUGCUAAAUAGAUUCAAAAUUUUGUCCCGAGUUUAAAAACACCCAGUGUUUACGUGCUUUAUUGCUUUUUUUUGCAAGUUAUAGGCCUUUAAAUACAAGUAGGAAAUUGCUGUUUCAAUAUAUAUAUAUUUUAAAUUUAUCAAUAGUGACAUUGUAACACCGUUAUCUGUCAUAAAUCCCCGAAUCACACCUCACAUGUACAUAUUUUUUUAAAGUAGACAACCCAGUGUAUUCAAUAUGGGGUAUGUUCAGUCUUUUUAGUAGCCACCUAGUCACAAACACUGGCUAAAGUUAGCAUUUAUAUAUGUUUGUGUGUUAAAAAUGCAAAAAACGCUAACUUUGGCCAGUGUUUGUGACUAAGUGGCUACUAAAAAAGGCUGAACAUACGCCAUUUGCUAUACCUUGGGUUGUCUUCUUUUGCAAAUGGUAUGCCAUUAUGGGGCUAAUUCUCAUUCCUGGGCUACCAUACGCUCUCAAAGGCAACCUAACCAAUCUGACAAAUUUCAAUAAAAAAAAAAGUAAAAUCAAACCUUAUAUCUGACCCUGUAACUUUCACAAACACUAUAAAACCUCUACAUGUGGGGUACUGUUAUACUCAGGAGACUUAGUUGAACACAAAUAUUAGUGUAUCAGAACAGUAAAAUGUAUCACAGCAAUAAUAUCAUCAGUGAAAGUGCUGUUUGUGUGUGAAAAAUGCAAAAAACUUAACUUUCACUGACCAUAUCAUCGCUGUGAUAUGUUUUACUGUUUUGAAACACUAAUAUUUGUGUUCAGCGAAGUCUCCCGAGUAAAACAGUACCCCCAUGUACAGGCUUUAGGGUGUCAUAGAAAGUUACAGGGUUAAACACAGUGCUAGCAAAUUAAAUUCUCUGGACUUUCGGCCUGGGUUGUAAGGCAUGUCCCUCAAAUUGCAAUCAAUAAAAUUACUUAAAUAGGUAAAAAUAUUACAUAAAUAUGCACGUAGAAUUUUAAUAUAUAUACAUAUUUAUAUGAUUUAUGUAAUUAUGUAUAUGGACAGAUGUAUAUUUUGUAUUAUUUUUAUUUAUUUAUUUAUACAUAUAUAUAUAUAUAUGUAUAUAUAUAUAUAUAUAUAUAUCAUUACAUUCUAACUGUAUACAAAAUAUCUGUAUUUUGAUAUAUAUAUAUAUAUAUAUAUAUAUAUAUAUAAAUAUCAAAAUACUGUUUGAAUAAAAUUACAUAUAUAUAUAUAUAUAUAUAUUUUAAUUAUUAAAGUUAUUUUUACUUUUUUUAUUUAUUUUUAUUAACAUAUUAUUUAUAAUUUAUAAUAUAUAUAUACAAUAUAUAUAGUUAUUAUAUAUAUUGUAUAUAUAGUUAUUAUAUAUAUUGUGUAUAUAUAUAUGUGUGUAAUUUAAAUAUAAGUGUAUUUUUAUAUUAAUAUACGUAUAUAUAAAUAUAAAAAUACACUUAGUAUGGCAUUAUAUAUAUGAUAUAUACAUAUAUUAUAUAUAGAUAUAAUACAUGCAUAUAUAUAUCUUAUAUAUACAUAUAUAUUUUUUUUUUCCCCUAAUUACUUUAUUUAAAAACUUUAUUUGUGAUUUUCUACUUGCAGGGAGACUGCCUGUCAGCACAGACAGUCCCCCUGAAGGCAGAUACACAGGCACCCUUGCGGUCAUGUGAUCGAGCGAUCACGUGGCCGCGGGGUCCUGAUCUUCCGUGGGGAGACUGCCUGGGCAGACAGGCAGUUCCCCUGGACCGGGAGGAGCACUGUUUACCACUGGGGGACUGACGGCGAUCAGGUAAGUACCCCCAGAUCGUUGUGACAGUUCAGGACCGUCAUCAGUCCUCAAGGGGAUGUUUCCGAUGACGGUCCUGAACUGUCAUCGGUCGUCAAUGGAUUAAAUAUAUGAAAUAAAAAAAAUGAAAACCAAUUGCAUUAGCAAAUAUUUAAUAGACACAAAAUAUAUUUUUAAAGGGACACUAUAGUCACCAGAACAACUACAGCUUAUUGAAUUUGUUCUGAUGAGUAGAAUCAUUAUCUUCAGGCUUUUUGCUGUAAACACUGUAAUUUCAGAGAAAUUACAGCCUAGUGAUAACUUCACUGGCCACUCCUCAGAUAGCUGUUAGAGAUCCUUCCUGGGUCAUAGCUGCCUAAAAUGCAUCCACAUAUUCAGUAUCUCCUCCCUCUGCACGACAGACACUGAACUUUUCUCAUAGAGAUUCAUUGAUUCAAUUCAUCUCCAUGAGGAGAUGCUGAUUGGCCAGGGCUGUGUUUGAAUUGUGCUGGCUCUGCCCCUGAUCUGCCUCCUUGUCAGUCUCAGCCAAUCCUAUGGGGAAGCAUUGUGAUUGGAUCAGGCCACCACUUCUGAUUAUGUCAGAGGUCAGAGGAAGUUCACAGGAAGAGGCAGCAGACUUGAAUACAAAUAAUAUUUUACUAUCUUUAGGGAGGCAAAGGGGACCAAGGGGGCUAGAUAGUGGUUUUAACACUAUAGGGUCAGGAAAACAUGUUUGUGUUCCUGACCCUAUAGUGCUCCUUUAAGGUAUUUUUUAUUCUAAUUCUAGUAAUGAUUUUUAUUUGUAUAUCAGAGAACAUAUGAAAUCAAGUGUAGACCCUGUUUAAAACAACAUAGAUUUGGAUUGAAUCCUAGAGGGUUAUUCACUAAGGUAUUAAUUUAAAGCAAGUUUCAAAUGUAAGGCCAAAAGUAGCAAAACUGGAAGCCAUGCUGAAAUAAGCAUUUUUUUUCAUUGUGGCUAUUUUGACACUAUAUAUUUUAAAUUCACUCAAUUUGGGUAUCACCCUACCAGUGAAGUAAUAACAGGAAUGCAUUUAUCAUUUGCAUUUAUGUAGCACCAACAUACUUUGCAUGUCUUUACAACUGUAGAAAGGGGAUGCAUAGAUGUGAAAAGGUCCAUGCCCAAACCAGUUUACAAUCUAUGAGCAUUUGAGGGAGGGAGAUAUAUCAUUAAGUGCCAUGCCCACAGACAUUUACUGGUAAGGUGGUCUCAUCAGGAUUUAAACCGAGUUAUAAGGCAGAGUUGAUACCAUUGCUACAACCAGCUAAAAUAAAACAUGCACAUAUGUUGAUACCCAAGGGAGAGACAUAUGUACCUUCUCCCAUUGCAUCUCUAAUUUAAGGUAGGUGCCAUGCACAGUGAGCUUGUUAACUAAUAUGUGUGGGAUGACUCAUUUAAGUACUUUAACAGUCAAUUUGUCUAUUAUAGGGAAUGUGUUAUGUGUCAGUUCACAGAAACCGAUUUGCAAUUUAGAUUAUUUCCUUUGAGGCCAGGCACACAACUGGCAUGUACAAGAGUACAAGCUUGAUGUGGGCUCCUGGCAGAUGAAGUACCAGGAUCCGAAUAGGAAAUGGCAGGAGCUGUGAGGGACAGGCUCAAGUAAGUAAAACUCACCCUCCACUUCACUACAUCACCACCAGACACAAAGCCAUAGGCGUGCGCAGCCUAUUGCAUUAGGGUGUGCACACUAAAGCACAAACACACGCCACAUGUAUAUACACACACAGAUAUAUAUAUAUACACACACACACACACAUACACUGCUGUGUGUGCUGUUAGUGUGCUGUGUGAGGGUGCUGUGUGUGCUGUUAGUGUGAUGUGUGUGAGGGUGCUGUUAGUGUGAUGUGAGGGUGUUUGUGUGUGUGUGUUUGUGACUGUGCUGUUUGUGUGUGAGGGUGUGUGUUUGUCCUGUGAGGGUGCUGUUAGUGUGCUGUGUGUGAGGGUGUUGUGUUUUUUUAAAGGUGCUGUGUGUGUUUGUGAGGGUGCGGUUAGUGUACUGUGUGUAGGUGCUGUAUGUGUGUUUGUGUGUGCUGUAUGUUUGGAGGGAUUGUGGAGGUGGGGGCAGAUUAGUAAAUCCUUGCUGCCAUGUGCCAUCCCUGGUGGUCCAGUGGAGAGUGAACUCUAGCCUGCGGGGCUAGAGUUAACUCUCGCGAGAUCUGAGCGUUGCCGCAGCAACGCUCAGAUAUCGCGAGAGGAACCUGGCGGAGCUUCUGUCUAGAGCUCCCUGGGUCCUCUCCUGCCUCCCUCCAUGCUGCUGUGGGCCGGUGAGGUAGAUCUUUGGUCUCCCCGCCGGCCCAUGGAGGCUUAGAGCAGAGCCGGCACUCAGAUAGCGCCGGCUCUGCGUGAGCCGACAGGGGAGAUCUCCCCUGCCAGCAGGGUACAAGUCCUGUGGAAUAAUGUGUGGGAACUCUCCCAAGAUUCCCACCCCCCCAAAAAAAAUAAUAUACACAAAAAUAUAUAUAUAUGCAUACACACACUCACAGACACAUUCAGACACACACAUACACUCACAGACACACACUCAUACAUUCACAGACCCACACACAUUCACACACUCAUACACUCACAGACACACACACAUUCACAGACACACACACAUACACUCACAGACACACACUCACAGACACACACAUACAGACACACACAUACACUCACAGGCACACACACAUACAGACACACACACAUUCACAGACACACACACACACACACACACACACACAAAUUAUUAUAUUUUAAUAAUAAAAUGUCCACCCAGCCUCCCUACCUGGAGUGCUGGUGUGGACUUGUCCCUGGGGUCCAGUGGGGCGAGCGCCUCUCUCCAUCUCAGCCUCGGCGAGGGAGCUGUCUGCUCUCUGCUUCCUCUCGCAGCGCGGGCUGUCUACAGUAGCUGGGAGCCGGAAUAUGACGUCAUAUUCCGGUUCCCGGCAGCAGCAAACAGCACGCGGCGUGAUGAAGCAGAGAGCAGACAGCUCCCUCGCCGCGGCUGAGAUGGAGAGAGUAGGGGCUUCUGGGUGCCUAGAGUGGUCCUUUAAAUCAGCAAAAAGGUUAGAUGGGAGCUGUAAUCAUCCUAGACUUACUACAGUUAUCACUACACUCCAUUUUGUACCUAUUUCGGAACCAGAUUGAAAACUUGAGAUGAGUGCAUAGUGUAAAAAAACUAUGACAUGUAAAUAAACCAUGUGCUUACUAGGGGACAUGAUCAAGCUCUGAGUAAAUUGACAUUUUCCUUGCUGGAGCCAGCUGGAGAACAAAAGAUACAAUUCAAUACUAGCAAAGUGAAUGACUAAGAGUUUCUGUUAAUUUAUCCUUUUUAUCUUUAACUGUUUAUUGAUGUAACUAAUUUGUUUAUUAUCUAUUUUUAUUUAUUCAUUAUGACUAAUUUUGUUCAUAACAAAUAUUCAUUUAUUAAGUUUGGCCUUUGUCUGGUAAAGAAUUCUCAAUUUUUGAUUGCAUGGAUAUUUUACUAGCUUAUGUUUGUGGGAUUUUUUUUUUCUUGAUUUGCUUGGAGCAACCUGAGGGACUCCAAUUACAAGCUGCCUUGGCGGUGACAACUUUUGAUACUAGACUUGAGUUUUUGUGGUGUUAAGUAGGUUUUGUUUUUAAUAAUUAUUUUUGAUCAAGUGUGGACAAAUAGUGAUUUUUGACCCAUUCACCCUAGAAACAGGUCAUGGUCAUGUUGAAAUAGUGGGGACAGUGACAAAUUGUGAAUUCAUGUUUAAAUAUCUAAAGCACAAAAUUACAUUUUCAUUCCCUUAUAUGUUUUAAAUAAGGAAUUGUGUCUGAAAUUAGGAGAAUACUAAAUAAGAACCAUAUGGGGAGGUUAAUAAAAAGUUAAAGAAAAAAAGGCAUACAGUGUUCAAAUAUUGUUUUCACUAUUUAAAAAUCAUAAUGAUUGACUCAUUUAUGCAUUCUAAGCAGUGUAUAUCUGUCAUAGUGUAAUAUAGUAUUAAACAUGUUUCUUAAAUUUGAAGUAUACAUAGGAAGGUAGCAGGCUGCCAAGGUUUCCAGGAUUACACAAUCCUUUUCUUCAUCUUUCACAUCAACUGUAGCAUGUGUUGCAUUACAACACCCUCUCUAAUCCUGCCAAUGCAGUCUGAUUGGAUCAUUCCUUAUGAGGGAAGACAAGCUUCAAUUAAGUUUAAUGACUUUACAUCACAUAAACCUAAAGUAAUGCUGGUGCUUAUAAUAGUCCUUUAAAUUUUAUAUUGACUUUGAAUUGACAUUCAAUUCCCAACUGUUCUUACUUUUGUAAAUAACCAUGUGGGUUUUAACUUCUAAAACACCAACUUCAGCCUAUGCUUUCCUAAUAAACUGUUAUAUUGGAUAGCAAACCAGAUUACAACCUGUGGAGCUUAAUUGAAUUGCCAAAGCCCAAAAGCUAUGGAGUCCAUGCUUGCAUAAGUGUUUUCAUACUAGAUUAUAAUAGAUGCAUUUUAAGAAACUGGUAAACUAAGAUGAUAUAUAAACAAUUAGUUCAAUAGAUAUAAUAAACAGUAUAUCAUUUGAUUAUUUCAGAUAACAAAGAUUUUGAUGCAUAUUUGUCGUAUACAAAAGUGGACCCUGAUCAGUGGAACCAAGAGACAGGAGAAGAAGAGAGAUUUGCACUGGAAAUUUUACCUGAUAUGCUUGAAAAACACUAUGGAUACAAACUGUUUAUACCUGACAGAGAUCUAAUUCCUACAGGAAGUAAGUACACCCUUCAUUCAGACAUUUUUUUCCUCCCAAGUGAUACUGGUAUUUGUCUAUAUGUGGGUUGUGUGCUAGUUCUACUACUUUUGUAAGAACCCGGCUCUGUGUGUAUUCCUUACUGACACAGGCUAGGAACAUGUUGAUAAGCAAAACUAGUCUUUAUUAUAACUAGGCUUAGGCUUCACAAAGAUCUGGUGUGCUAGUCUAAAUGUUGCCAGUAUGCAAAAAGCAAUAUUCCCCCAAAAAAUGUAAUAAUGAUUUAUUAGCACAAGUCUUAAUUGUGGAAAAAUAGCAAAAGUUAGGCAAAAUAGCUUAUCUGCAAAUCAUAAAUUGGCUAUUUUUUAUUAGAUUUUGCCAUUAUGUUUUAAAUCAAAGUUUGGCAAAAAAAAAAGUGCUAAGUGAAUUUUUAACUAGAAAAAUAGAGUUUAACCCCUUAAGGACACAUGACAUGUGUGACAUGUCAUGAUUCCCUUUUAUUCCAGAAGUGUGGUCCUUAAGGGGUUAAAGGGACACUAUAGUCACCAAAACAACUUUCACUUAAUUAAGCAGUUUUAAUGUAUAGAUUAUGCCUCUGAAGUUUCACUGCUUAAUUGAAUUCAAUUUAGAAGUUAAAUCACUUUUGUUUCUGUUUAGGCAGCCCUAGCCACACCUCCUCUGGCUGUGACUGACACAGCCUGCAUGAAAACAAAAUGGUCUCAUCUUCAGUAAGAUCUAACCUACUUUAAAGGUUUUUAUCUCCUGCUCAGUUAAUUACACACAGGAAAAAAGUAUAGAACAGUGUACAUAAGGCGAUUAACAGUGAUAUUAAUGAUUUUGAUUGUCAUACCAGAGGCUAUUGCACACUCAGUGGAUAUCGCAAAAAAUCCACUAAAACAAAAGGUAUAGACAGAGAACGAACUUGGCAUUUGGGUGAUAAACCCCACCUCCCAGCACACAGAGUCUAAAAAGUGCAGCACUUUAAAUGUGUUUACACUUACAUAUAGGGGAUUUUUCCACAUGCAAGGAAUAGAAAAAUAUAAAAUAGUGUAAUAUAUUAAUUUACAGGUGUAUAUUAAAGGUGAGUAUAUAUCGAUACACUCACAUUUUUAGAGCAUUUUUCGAUAUCAGCUCUAAACAAAAGGAGAGUAUGGACCUUUUAGGUGGCACCAGGGAACCUUCUUCUGUAUUUUUUCUCCCAGCAGCAAUAUGGAGAUAAAGCAGAAAGAAGAAAGCAAUCUCGGUGUGGCUAUUUCAACAAUUAAUAUAUAUUAAUAUAAAAUUGUCUGCUCACCUUGCUUGGAGCCUGUUAGAUAACUGGCUCCAACACUUUCACUUAGUGUCAAAUUAUAUUUAUACUUGUAUUUUCAAUUUGUUUUUAUUUUGUUUUAUUUGUAAUAAAUUUAUACUUUUUAACUUAAAAGUCCCCCUUUUUACCUACAUCUUGAACUUCCGGUUCCAACAGGGAAGUGUCACCCUAGGAAUUUGACAUUAAGUGAAAAUUUUGGAGCCAGUUAUCUUACUCUUUUAAGAGAAUUAAACACGCAAAUAUGAUUUUUGGCACACACAGUAAGUGUGAGAACAAUAGAUAAAAUAAUCAUCAACGUGUAUUCACUAAGAACUGAAUGAUAGUGAACGGAAUACUAAAUUGAGAAAAAUAAGUAAAAAUAGCCUAGUUGGAAAAGAAGCUGAAUUAGAAAAUAUAUACAGCAGCUAUUUGCACCCAAAAAUUACAAUGUUGAAUUUCUGUUCACUAUCAUUCAGUGUUAAGUGAAUAGAAUCUUAACUUUAAAUCUUAUUUAUAUCUACAAUCUGCUCCAUAUGGAACAUUUCCUCUGAAACACUGUCUCAAAUAUUUGAAUCCCGUGGGCACUUUUUACGCCCAUAUUGCUAUAAAAACGUGACUUUGUCCCCAAAUGUACCGUCAAAUAUGUAGUCAUAUGUCAUCCUUCAUAUUGCUCCAUGUAUAUUGUUCUAUAUGUAUUCAGAUUGUUCCAAAACAUAUAGAACCAAUCUAUUGCCUGAUUUGUGUCACAUUGAAAUUGACUCGUUGUCAAUACACUAAAGUGCCUCCAAGAUAUUCAUUUCGUCUGGACAAAAUGUGACAGUUUGACAAAAAAAAAAAAAGUUUCUGUAAUUAUUUACAUUAUAAAUUAAAGUCUAAACUGUCCUGCAGCUGCAUUUUUCAGCUGUUUAGCAGAUAACUCCCUUAAUCAACACUCUUGUGACAUUGCCAUAUUUAAAGGUGACAAAUUAGGGAACUGGUCAGUAGAUAGCACCUGUUUGGUAUCCUUAUGGCAAUCACACAAGGAUUAAGUAGCUAUCUACUAUGAAGAUGAAAGACCACAAUUACAAAAAGUCCUAAUCUUUUGUCUUCCAAACAACUUUACUAAUAUUGAGUAAAAAUACUUAGUAUUAAUAAAUAAGGGUGGUUAAAUCCUCUCUCCUACACCUACCAGCCCAGACUCAUGUAGUGGCAUGUAUACAAAACAUGUCUACUCAUAGGAAAAGUCUAGUGACUGGGCAGCUAUUGUUUCCCCAGUUGCUAUUCCAAUAAAGGUAGACCUGACCCAUGAUGGGGCACCAAGUAAAUAAAUUAACUAGGGGUAGUUACCCCACCGAUAGCCACAGGUGGGGGCUAUUGAAUAAAAUGAAUGGGGGGCUUAGUGUUCCCUCCUGUCCCCACAGAUUGUUGGCAGAAGGGGACUCUAACAUUAAUAAUGGUGACACAGUGUCUCCACAGCCAUAUACCUAUGGACAAUAGGUCCAACCUCCAACUUUUUUACUUGGGGUCCCACCCACCACCACUAUGCUCCCCCUCACCCCCAGUUAAUUGAUGUAUUAAGUCCCCACAACGGAGGUAUGGGGGUGCUGCAAGUGUUCUGUCCGAAUCUCUCUGAGACCUGAAGACAGAUAAAUAAUCUAAUGUAUUGCUUUGCAGUAACAUAGACCCCAGAUAGCAAUUUUCCUGGAAAAAAAAAUAUCCACCAUUAUUUAAAACAAUAAAAAAAAUCUGAAGGAAUUAUAUUUGUUUUGUUUUCAGGCCUUGAUGUCUUUAAAAAUACCAUGUUUACUGUUAAAUAGUUGAGGAGUUGAUGAGUUGGUUACCAAGUAAUUAGUUUAAUGCAGAUGUAAGUUAUGGUCUAUAAAUUAAUUGGAAUCAUAUUUUCUUAUUUUUUUCUUAUUACAGCAUACAUUGAAGAUGUUGCAAGAUGUGUGGAUCAAAGUAAACGAUUAAUCAUUGUUAUGACUCCCACUUAUGUCGUAAGGAGAGGUUGGAGUAUAUUUGAGUUAGAGACCAGGCUGAGAAAUAUGCUGAUCACUGGAGAAAUUAAAGUGAUACUAAUAGAAUGCAGUGAAUUACGUGGGAUUAUGAAUUACCAAGAAGUGGAGAUGCUGAAACACACUAUCAAGCUAUUAACCGUAAUCAAGUGGCAUGGGCCUAAAUGCAACAAGUUGAAUUCAAAUUUCUGGAAACGUUUACAGUAUGAAAUGCCUUUUAAGCGAAUAGAACCCAUCACACAUGAGCAAGUUUUAGAUGUCAGUGAACAGGGACCUUUUGGGGAACUGCAGACGGUUUCAGCAAUUUCAAUGGCUGCUGCCACUUCCACUGCCCUGGCUACUGCCCAUCCCGACAUCCGCUCUACCUUUCAUAACACUUACCAUACACAAAUGCGACAGAAACACUAUUAUAGAAGCUAUGAAUAUGACGUACCUCCUACUGGCACCCUGCCUCUUACCUCAAUAGGUAACCAGCAUACCUACUGCAACAUACCUAUGACACUAAUUAAUGGACAGCGGCCACAGACAAAAGCAAACAGGGAGCAGCAUCCAGAUGAGGCUCAUACAAACAGUGCUAUUUUGCCGCUUUUGCCAAGAGAGACCAGUAUUUCUAGUGUCAUCUGGUGA